ACCAAUGAUGCCUUAGGCCCCACGUGGAACUGCAUGUACUUCAUCCCUCUGAUAAUCAUCGGCUCCUUCUUCGUGCUGAACCUGGUUUUGGGAGUGCUCUCAGGGUGAGUCCACCUUAACGUUACAGCAGCACCGUGGCACUGCCACAUUGUGCCGGGGUGGCUGACAUGUCUUUUAUACACUCUGUCACUGUCUGUACAAGUUAAUGGGUUUUAUACAAAAGGUUAAUGCACAAAAUACUCUAAUUAACUGCAUGGAAAGAAGACAAGGUUUGAGUCUCCCCCUCCACACCCCUUCUCUCCCCUGUUGUCUGAAUGAUGAGGGAGGCCAGGUCAGCGCUGAACAACAGGUCCCAGAACAGUAAUUAUCUGCUGUUGUGUUUGGCUUGCAGGGAGUUUGCCAAGGAGAGGGAGCGGGUGGAAAACCGCAGGGCGUUCAUGAAGCUACGGAGGCAACAGCAAAUUGAGCGGGAACUCAAUGGCUACCGAGCCUGGAUCGACAGAGCAGGUACUGAAACCACUGUCUGUAUUACGCUAUAGACCCAAUACACGUCAUGCUUUUUAAAGGUUACCUCAGAAACACAAUGUCCUUGAUAUUUACCUUCCUACUGUAUGAAUCAGACUUCAUUGUUGGGUCUGCUUUGCAGAAGAGGUGAUGCUUGCGGAGGAGAAUAAGAAUUCAGGACCCUCUGCUCUUGAUGGUAAGAAUGUAAAGAUGGCCCCAUUGGUUAUAUUGUCUUUACACCCCUGCAUUAGUUUACUGUUUAUCUGUCUGUACUGGAUUUAUGGCAUUCUAAUUGUACACAUGACUGUCUGCCAUGAUAAUAUUUCUUAUCUGUCUGUCCACUAAGACAGCCACACAAUGUAAAAUAACUAUAACAUAGGCCUAGACUGAAACAUAUCAUUUGUAGAAAAUAUGUAAUUUCCUAUGAAUUAUUAAUUUAAUAAUAUCAUAUUACCCUAUGCACUGUGCAUGAUACAUACAGCGCCUUGCAAAAGUAUUCAUCCCCCUUGGCGUUUUUCCUAUUUUGUUGCAUUACAACCUGUAAUUUAAAUGGAUUUUUAUUUGGAUUUCAAGUAAUGGACAUACACAAAAUACUCCAAAUUGGUGAAGUGAAAUGAAAAAAAUGGAAAAGGGGUGCAUGCGUAUGUAUUGACCCCCUUCGCUAUGAAGCCCCUAAAUAAGAUCUGGUGCAACCAAUUACCUUCAGAAGUCACAUAAUUAGUAAAAUAAAGUCCACCUGUGUGCAAUCUAAGUGUCACAUGAUCUGUCACAUGAUCUCAGUAUAUAUACACCUGUUCUGAAAGGCCCCAGAGUCUGCAACACCACUAAGCAAGGGGCACCACCAAGCAAGCGGCACCAUGAAGACCAAGGAGCUCUCCAAACAGGUCAGGGACAAAGUUAUGGAGAAGUACAGAUGUAGGUUACAAAAAAAUAUCUUAAACGUUGAACAUCCCACAGAGCACCGUUAAAUGCAUUAUUAACAAAUGGAAAGAAUAUGGCACCACAACAAACCUGCCAAGUGGGGGCCGCCCACCAAAACUCACAGACCAGGCAAGGAAGGCAUUAAUCAGAGAGGCAACAAAGAGACCAAAGAUAACCCUGAAGGAGCUGCAAAGCUCCACAGCGGAGAUUGGAGUAUCUGUCCAUAGGACCACUUUAAGCCGUACACUACACAGAGCUGGGCUUUACAGAAGAGUGGCCGAAAAAAAGCCAUUGCUUAAAGAAAAAAAUAAGCAAACACGUUUGGUGUUUGCCAAAAGGCAUGUGGGAGACUCCCCAAACAUAUGGAAGAAGGUACUCUGGUCAGAUGAGACUAAAAUGGAGCUUUUUGGCCAUCAAGGAAAACGCUAUGUCUGGCGCAAACCCAACACUUCUCAUCACCCCGAGAACACCAUCCCCACAGUGAAGGAUGGUGGUGGCAGCAUCAUGCUGUGGGGAUGUUUUUCAUCGGCAGGAACUGGGAAACUGGUCAGAAUUGAAGAAUUAUGGAUGGCGCUAAAUACGGGGAAAUUCUUGAGGGAAACCUGUUUCAGUCUUCCAGAGAUUUGAGACUGGGACGGAGGUUCACAUCCCAGCAGGACAAUGACCCUAAGCGUACUGCUAAAGCAACACUCGAGUGGUUUAAGGGGAAACAUUUAAAUGUCUUGGAAUGGCCUAGUCAAAGCUCAGACCUCAAUCCAAUUGAGAAUCUGUGGUAUGACUUAAAGAUUACUGUACACCAGCGGAACCCAUCCAACUUGAAGGAGCUGGAGCAGUUUUGCGUUGAAGAAUGGGCAAAUAUUACAUUUACAUUUACAUUUUAGUCAUUUAGCAGACGCUCUUAUCCAGAGCGACUUACAGGAGCAAUUAGGGUUAAGUGCCUUGCUCAAGGGCACAUUUACGUCAUUUAGCAGACGCUCUUAUCCAGAGCGACUCACAAAUUGGUGCAUUCACCCUAUAGCCAGUGGGAUAACCACUUUACAAAUAUUUUUUUUUGGGGGGGGGGGGCUGCGGCAUUCUGGAUGAGUUGUAGGGGUUUAAUGGCACAGGCAGGGAGGCCAGCCAACAGCGAGUUGCAGUAAUCCAGACGGGAGAUGACAAGUGCCUGGAUUAGGACCUGUGCCGCUUCCUGUGUAAGGCAGGGUCGUACUCUCCGAAUGUUGUAGAGCAUGAACCUGCAGGAGCGGGUCACCGCCUUGAUGUUAGCGGAGAACGACAGGGUGUUGUCCAGGGUCACGCCAAGGCUCUUCGCACUCUGGGAGGAGGACACAACGGAGUUGUCAACCGUGAUGGCGAGAUCAUGGAACGGGCAGUCCUUCCCCGGGAGGAAGAGCAGCUCCGUCUUGCCAGGGUUCAGCUUGAGGUGGUGAUCCGUCAUCCAUACUGAUAUGUCUGCCAGACAUGCAGAGAUGCGAUUCGCCACCUGGUUAUCAGAAGUGGGAAAGGAGAAGAUUAGUUGUGUAUCGUCAGCGUAGCAAUGAUAGGAGAGGCCAUGUGAGGAUAUGACAGAGCCAAGUGACUUGGUGUAUAGGGAGAAAAGGAGAGGGCCUAGAACUGAGCCCUGGGGGACACCAGUGGUGAGAGCACGUGGUGCGGAGACAGCUUCUCGCCACGCCACUUGGUAGGAGCGACCGGUCAGGUAGGACGCAAUCCAGGAGUGAGCCGCGCCGGAGAUGCCCAGCUCGGAGAGGGUGGAGAGGAGGAUCUGAUGGUUCACAGUAUCAAAGGCAGCAGACAGGUCUAGAAGGACAAGAGCAGAGGAGAGAGAGUUAGCUUUAGCAGUGCGGAGAGCCUCCGUGACACAGAGAAGAGCAGUCUCAGUUGAAUGACCAGUCCUGAAACCUGACUGGUUUGGAUCAAGAAGGUCAUUCUGAGAGAGAUAGCAAGAGAGUUGGCUAAAGACGGCACGCUCAAUAGUUUUGGAAAGAAAAGAAAGAAGGGAUACUGGUCUGUAGUUGUUGACAUCAGUGGGAUCGAGUGUUGGUUUUUUGAGAAGGGGAGCAACUCUCGCUCUCUUGAAGACGGAAGGGACAUGGCCAGCGGUCAAGGAUGAGUUGAUCAGCGAGGUGAGGUAGGGGAGAAGGUCACCGGAGAUGGUCUGGAGAAGAGAGGAGGGGAUGGGGUCAAGCGGGCAGGUUGUUGGGCGGCCUGCAGUCACAAGUCGCAGGAUUUUAUCUGGAGAGAGAGGGGAGAAAGAAGUCAAAGCAUAGGGUAGGGCAGUGUGAGUAUGACCAGCAGUGUCAUUAGACUUAACAAACGAGGAUCGGAUGUCGUCAACCUUCUUUUCAAAGUGGUUGACGAAGUCAUCCACAGAGAGAGAGGAGGGGGGGGGGGGGGGGGAGGAGGAUUCAGGAGCGAGGAAAAUGUGGCAAAGAGCUUCCUAGGGUUAGAGGCAGAUGCUUGGAAUUUAGAGUGGUAGAAAGUGGCCUUAGCAGCAGAAACAGAUGAAGAAAAUGUAGAGAGGAGGGAGUGAAAAGAUGCCAGGUCGGCAGGGAGUUUAGUUUUGUUCCAUUUCCGCUCCGCUGCCCGGAGCUCUGUUCUGUGAGCUCGCAAUGAGUCAUCAAGCCACGGAGCUGGAGGGGAGGACCGAGCCGGCCGGGAGGAUAGGGGACACAGAGAGUCAAAGGAUGCAGAAAGGGAGGAGAGGAGGGUUGAGGAGGCAGAAUCAGGAGAUUGGAGGGAGAAGGAUUGAGCAGAGGGAAGAGAUGAUAGGAUGGAAGAGGAGAGAGUAGUGGGAGAGAGAGAGCGAAGGUUGCGGCGGCGCAUUACCAUCUGUGUAGGGGCAGAGUGAGUAGUGUUGGAGGAGAGCGAGAGAGAAAAGGAAACAAAGUAGUGGUCGGAGACAUGGAGGGGAGUUGCAGUGAGAUUAGUAGAAGAGCAGCAUCUAGUAAAGAUGAGGUCAAGCGUAUUGCCUGCCUUGUGAGUAGGGGGGGACGGUGAGAGGGUGAGGUCAAAAGAGGAGAGGAGUGGAAAGAAGGAGGCAGAGAGAAAUGAGUCAAAUGUGGACAUAGGGAGGUUGAAAUCCCCCAAAACUGUGAGGGGUGAGCCAUCCUCAGGAAAGGAACUUAUCAAGGCGUCAAGCUCAUUGAUGAACUCUCCAAGGGAACCUGGAGGGCGAUAGAUGACAAGGAUAUUAAGCUUAAAUGGGCUAGUGACUGUGACAGCAUGGAAUUCAAAUGAGGAGAUAGACAGGUGGGUUAGGGGAAAAAUUGAGAAUGUCCACUUGGGAGAGAUGAGGAUUCCUGUGCCACCACCCCUCUGACCAGAUGCUCUCGGGGUAUGCGAGAACACAUGGUCAGACGAGGAGAGAGCAGUAGGAGUAGCAGUGUUUUCAGUGGUAAUCCAUGUUUCCGUCAGCGCCAGGAAGUCGAGGGACUGGAGGUUAGCAUAGGCGGGGAUGAAGUCAGCUUUGUUGGCAGCAGAACGGCAGUUCCAGAGGCUGCCUGAGACCUGGAACUCCAGGUGUGGGGUGCGUGCAGGGACCACCAGGUUAGAGAGGCAGCAGCCACGCGGUGUGAGGCGUUUGUGUAGCCUGUGCAGAGAGGAGAGAACAGGGAUAGGCAGAGGCAUAGUUGACAGGCUGUAGCAAAUGGCUACAAUAAUGCAGAGGAGAUCGGAAUGAAAUGAACUAAACAUCUGGGAGAGGAGAGAGCAGGGCCUCCCUCACCAAAACUUCCACCUCAGAAACUAUAAUUGUUUCACUGAUCCACCCGAACAAAAACUCUCCCAACUUCCACCUUUAGAAAUCAGAAUUGUUGUGAACCACAGCGGUCCAAUGUUUAAAGGAAUAGACUCAACCCACUUUAUUCAGCUAGCUAACUAUGACACCAUAGCUAACUAGCAUGCUAGCAUCCAAUAACACACAGUUUAGCACCAACACUUGGUCACAACAAACCACCAAUAGUGUGUUAACACACUAAGCAGAUAAUUCGUGUCCGUGUCUAGUUCCUUUCAUAACGCAGCAAUAAUUAAACGAUGGCUAGCUUAGCACAAAUAUAUUGUAUUUAGCUGCCACAGUACAGCACACAAUGGCUACUGUGUUGACUCUGUUCGAAAAACGGCUAGCUAGCUAGCUUCGUGCUACACCCGGCACCGCCGAAGACAAUGCCAACCUACAGUAACUACCCACAACAGCCCACGAUGCCUAACUAUGACACCAUAGCUAACUAGCAUGCUAGCAUCCAAUAACACACAGUUUAGCACCAAUACUUGGUUACAACAAACUACCAAUAGUGUGUUAACACACUAAACAGAUCAUUCGUGUCCGUGUCUAGUUCCUUUCAUAACGCAGCAAUAAUUAGACGUUGGCUAGCUAGCACAAGUAUAUUGUAUUUAGCUACUACAGUACAGUUAGCUGGUCGUGUUGGCUAGCUAGCAAUGGCUACUGUGUUGACUUUGUUUGAAGAACGGCUAGCUAGCUAGCUUCGUGCUACACCCGGCACCGCCGAAAAACAAUGCUAACCUACAGUAACUACCCACAACAGCCCACGAUGCCUAACUAUGACGCCAUAGCUAACUAGCAUGCUAGCAUCCAAUAACACACAGUUUAGCACCAAUACUUGGUUACAACAAACUACCAGUAGUGUGUUAACACACUAAACAGAUAAUUCGUGUCCGUGUCUAGUUCCUUUCAUAACGCAGCAAAAAUUAAACGUUGGCUAGCUGGCACAUUAACAUUAACAUUGGAAACAACUCUCCACCGUUGCUAAACGUUACCAGUAGCUACCCGCUAGCUAGCUAGCCUCGUGCUUCGCCGGGCUCCGCCGUAAACAAUACUUACCUACAAUAAUUACCUACGGAAACCUACAAUAACUAAAUAAACUACCUACAAUACCUAACUACAACUACCUACCUACGAUCUAAAUACAUGGUUUAAGCUUUACUCAACACCAUAAAAGAAGCCAAGCUUACCUCCUGCUUAGAGAAAACACAACCUCUCCCGACCACAGCUCCCACAGAAUAUCCCAGUGGCUAGAUGUGCCAAGCUUAUCGAGACAUACCCCAAGAGACUUGCAGCUGUAAUUGCUGCAAAAGGUGGCUCUACAAAGUAUUGACUUUCGGUAGUUAUGCACGCUCAAGUUUUCUCUUUUUUUGGUCUUAUUUCUUGUUUGUUUCGCCCCAAAAUAUAUCUUGCAUCUUCAAAGUGGUAGGCAUGUUAUGUAAAUCAAAUGAUACAAACCCCCAAAAAAUCCAUUUUAAUUCCAGGUUGUAAGGCAACAAAAUAGGAAAAAUGUCAAGGGGGGUGAAUACUUACGCAAGCCACUGUAGAUAACCACAAAUUAUUUUACGUAGGUACAGUGCCUUCGGAAAGUAUUCAGACCCCUUGACUUUUUCCACAUGUUUUUACGUUAUAGCCUUGUUCUAAAAUGGAUAAAAUAAAACAAUUUCCUCAGCAAUCUACACACAAUACCCCAUAAUGACAAAGCAAAAACAAAGCAUUUUUGCAAAUGUAUUAACAGUGCAUGUCAGAGCAAAAACUAAGCCAUGAGGUCGAAGGAAUUGUCCGUAGAGCUCCGAGACUGGAUUGUGUCGAGGCACAGAUCUGGGGAAGGGUACCAAAACAUUUCUGCAGAACUGAAGGUCCCCAAGAACACAGUGGCCUCCAUCGUUCUUAAAUGGAAGAAGUUUGGAACUACCAAGACUCUUCCUAGAGCUGGCCGCCCGGCCAAACUGAGCAAUCGGGGGAGAAGGGCCUUGGUCAGGGAGGUGACCAAGAACCCGAUGGUCACUCUGACAGAGCUCUAGAGUUCCUCUGUGGAGAUUGGAGAACCUUCCAGAAGGACAACCAGCUCUGCAGCAUUUCAAUUAGGCCUUUAUGGUAGAGUGGCUAGACGGAAGCCACUCCUCUGUAAAAGGCACGACAGCCCGCUUGGAGUUUGCCAAAAGGCACCUAAAGACUCUCAGACCAUGAGAAACAAGAUUCUCUGUUCUGAUGAAACCAAGAUUUAACUCUUUGGCCUGAAUGCCAAGCAUCACAUCUGGAGGAAACCUGGCACCAUCCCUACGGUGAAGCAUGGUGGUGGCAGCAUCAUGCUAUGGGGAUGUUUUUCAGCGGCAGGGACUGGGAGACUAGUCAGGAUCAAGGCAAAGAUGAAUGGAGCAAAGUACAGAGAGAUGCUUGAUGAAAACCUGCUCCAGAGCGCUCAGGACCUCAGACUGGGGUGAAGGUUCACCUUCCAACAGGACAACGACCCUAAUCACACAGCCAAGACAACGCAGGAGUGGCUUCGGGACAAGUCUCUGAAUGUCCUUGAGUGGCCCAGCCAGAGCCCAGACUUGAACCUGAUCGAACAUCUCUGGAGAGACCUGAAAAUAGCUGUGCAGCAACGCUCCCCAUCCAACCUGACAGAGCUUGAGAGGAUCUGCAGAGAAGAAUGGGAGAAACUCCCCAAAUACAGGUGUGCCAAGCUUGUAGCAUCAUACCCAAGACGACUCGAGGCUGUAAUCGCUGGCAAAGGUGCUUCAACAAAGUACUAAAUAAAGGGUCUGAAUACUUUUUUUAUUUUUAAUAAAUUAGCAAACAUUUCUAAAAACCAGUUUUUGCUUUGUCAUUAUGGGGUAUUGUGUGUAGAUUGAUGAGGGGAAAAAACAAUUUAAUCCAUUUUAGAAUAAGGCUGUAACGUAACAAAAUGUGGAAAAAGUCAAGGGGUCUGAAUACUUUCCGAAUGCGCUGUAAGUGCUAGCGAGGAAGAGUAGGUGUUGUUGAUUUUCACUGUCAAUUUCAGUCUCUCCUGAGGCAUGAUAUGUAUACAUUUUGUCUCAUUGAGUGUUGGAACGUACAGUACUAUCUGUUUGGUUGACUCUGUGACAGUAAUUUACAAACACUUUCUCAUAACAGUGUAACUAUUUUGAGUUUUUCCUCGCAUUACUCUUAAAUGUGUGUGCUAUCCUGUUUUUGUAAUAUCUCUGGGCUUGUGUGUACUCACGAUAUGUAUCUAUUCCAAAUACCUAUUUAGAAGCACAUUUUCACAAGAAUAGCUAUGCCUAAAAUACCAUUGUUGUUGCUUCUGGUGUGGUGCACUUCAAAAACAGCUUUAGUUAGAAUUAUUGAGGACCAUGCAUGAUGUACCCCCAAAAGCAAUCAUUUCUACUACCUCAAUAUCAAUAUGGACUUUUAAACCUACCAGACAAACACUUACACAAAGCUAUGACCCUAUCAAGUGAAGCAUGAUUUUCCCCCCCAACAAACAAACAAACAAAUCGUUUUUAUUAAAUGUUGAUUGACAGCUCCCAAGAGGCUGUCUGAAUGGAAUACAGGCGGUAACCAUGGUGAGGAACAACUUCUAUUCUACACUUCCUUGCCACCUUUUGUUCCUUUUCAACAACUCAGUCUGACAUGAACGUUUAAAUAAAGCCAGCUAUUGUUCCACAAACCACACUUACAAAUAAACCACGAGCCAUUCUGAACUCCAAACAUUUAAUUUGGCACAAGCAAACCAAAAGUAGCCGUGAAAAGGUCCAGCUGUUCCAGUGGAAACAAAUUCAGAAGAUGUAAUAGCUUUGAGAGAGUGCGCCAGUGUUGCCAUAGCAACUGAAAUUAAAUGUCCGGGUGUCAGCCAGUGUGUGCCUCGUGCAUACACUAUUGGUUCACUGGCUUAUUAAAAGGGGGAAUGUCUAGGUAAAUAUGAAUAAAUAAAUGAGAUUCUAAUCAAAAGGUGGUGGGGGUGUACGAGGUUUGGCUGGAGGAAGAGCUCAACUCACCCUGAUAAUUCUUGUUUUUUUCCGCAUCAGGCACACAUACAAUUAUAUGUGUGCAUCAAUACAGCUCUUUACAAUGAUAUGGUAUGAUAUUGUCUCAAACUUAAUGUGAGUGUGGGUUAUAGCCAAGAGAAUAGAACCAACAACAACAACGAUUAGUUGUAGUUAAGUUGGGUUCAUCAUACAGUAAUAACAAUAGAUGCAUAUUUUAAUAACACCAUGUUGCUGUAAUCUGUUACCCAUGUGUACUAAAUGCAUGUUUGUACUCUUGUUUUACAAUACCCAAAGCACCAAACACAGUGGCAUGUAAAUGCGUUGAUUAUUUUCACCAUUCUCUUCUCAUCUUGUCAGUAAUGCCCUCAUGAUCUUGUAUAUCUACCUGUGUGUCUCAUGACAUGUUCUCUGUGUUGGAGUGUCAUAAACGUUGUGUUUUGUGUGGGCUUUCUGCUGGGUGACAAUGUGAAACCUUUGGCUGCAGUGCUGAAGAGGGCCACCAUCAAGAGGAGAGGGGUGGAUGCCGUCCACCGGGGCCCAGGGGACGAGCAGUAUGGUGACAUCUCUUCUGUGGGUGAGUGUGUGUGUCAAGCCACUGAAAAGAGCAGUAGUUUGUAGCUAACAUCCCGAAUGGUUGAAUGAUCUGCCAUCAGGCAGCAGGCACCCCCUCCAUAUUAAAUUCUGUAAUUACAAAGGAGGAGAUUGUCAUUGUCGUAUUGGGAAUAAAACUGGAAAUGGCAACACAUCAGUUCCAGCCAUCAUUACAUGUUACAGUCAGUAGCUAAGCUAAAUGGAUGAGAAGGCCUUUGGCUCUUCGUUUUCCUUUUGGAGAAAUUGUAUCUAUUGUGCAAAUGAAACAUUUCACAGAGGAGAGAUCUACAAGAUAAUGUGUAUUUGUCAUUGUACUACUAUAAUUUUUUUAGUAAUGAUCUAAAAUGGCUGUCCCCGCCAGGCAUCCCGAUGGCCAGACCCAGCAUCAGGAGUGCUAAGAGAGGACCUAUGGCUUAUUUUAAGCGGAAGGAGCGUCUGCUGCGUAUCUCUAUCCGCCGCAUGGUGAAGACACACACCUUUUACUGGACCGUACUGGGCCUGGUGGCCCUCAACACACUCUGUGUGGCCAUCGUCCAUCACAACCAGCCCAACUGGCUGUCUGUGUUCCUCUGUAAGUCACACACACACACACACACACACACAGGUACGUACCAUCAUCUCCAUCCAAAAUAAAUAAAGUCGGGUGGCAUUAAUCUUUGAGAUGAUUGUUUUCUGCUGUGUUUAUGAGUGUUGUUGUUGCUGUUGUUGUCUGCAUUUCAGACUAUGCAGAGUUUCUCUUCCUGGGUCUGUUUCUCACUGAGAUGUGCUUAAAGAUGUACAGCCUGGGACCCAGACUCUACUUUCACUCCGCCUUCAACCGCUUCGACUGCGGCGUGAGUCCCUUUCUUUUUCUGUUUAAUCGCUAACCAACAUGGAGAGACCAUGCCAGAUGGAAAGACAGUGACAUACUGUAGAUUAUAACAUUGCCCCAAUUAUGAGGGAAUGAGAGGAAAUGCUUUACUUAAAACAUUGGACAGUGACUUAAAGGGGCAAUCAGCAGUUGCUGCUUCCAUUUUAAGACUUAUAAAUUCAUUAUAUAUACUCAUUGUUUCUUGAAGAAUAUAAAUGCCUUAUGAGCUUAGUUCAACUGUCGUACCUCAUCAGAACCCAAAAUAUAUACUUUUUUAAAUCUGUUUGUAAACAUUGUAAACGUAAACAAACACUGUAUAUCCUCAAAAUGUACUUAAAACAAGAAUUGUGACAUAUUGGAUGGUCAGUCCUUGCAUCAAUAGCUCUGUCUUUGAAUGAAUGGUUACAUAUCUCCAGGCCCAUCCCUCAGAUUUUUUUCCAAAACAGAUGUGGGGUGUCCGCUUUGUUAAUCUUUCAACGGCAGAUUGCCCCUUUAAACACUUUUUAAUGAAAGUGACACUGAUGGUGUAAUUUAGAUAAUGAAGUGCAGUAAAUGUCUCUGUUCUGUUUCUGUCACAUCUGCACUCAUCUGUGAAUGGACAUCCUUCAUCUUUGUCUCUCUGUAUACUUACUGUACGUUAAAGUCUGCUGUUGGUGUGCUGGUACAUCUGGUGAUUAUGUUGUUAAUGGCCCUGUUAACAGGUGAUAGUGGGCAGCAUCUUUGAGGUGAUGUGGGGGUUCUUCAGGCCUGACAUGUCCUUUGGCAUCAGUGUGCUGCGCGCUCUCCGUCUGCUGAGGAUAUUCAAGAUCACCAAGUUAGUCCAAGGCCUCCUCAUUGGUUUAUAACAUUCUUCCUGCAGUAUGCAAUGAGGCAAUGCAUAGCAAGCACUGGCACCUAGCUAUCAAUGUCCUAGAUUAUGAGGUUCCUGGGUGUCACAUCAGUGUGAUAUUUGUAGCCUCCUGCUAGGGAUAGGAUAUGCAGAUAUGUCAAUUGCCAGGCUGGCUACAAAUAAUUUAAAACCCUCACAAUAGCAAUAUUUAGACAUUGUUAAUUAAUUGAUUGUCUCUUAUUUAGACGGAAUUCAAAUGCCACUAAUCCCGCCCCUGGUUGGUUGUGAUUGGCAGGUACUGGGCGUCGCUGAGGAACCUGGUGGUAUCCCUGAUGAAUUCUAUGAAGUCCAUCAUCAGCCUCAUCUUCCUCCUCUUCCUCUUCAUCCUGGUCUUUGCUCUGCUGGGCAUGCAGCUGUUCGGUGGCAGGUAUUGUACCAUAGACACAAGGAUGAACUACCACUGCCCGUCUGUCAGAUCUAGUCUCAUCACAAACUAUGAUAGAUACUGGCAGUUGAUGUAAUCAAAGUGGAUGUAGUACAACUGAUUAUUUGAUUUGUGUCAUCAUGACCUUCUCCUUGUGACAUUUGAUAUUACAGAGGACAUUUUCAUCCCCUGUGGCAAUGUAAAAAACACCCUGACAGGACUCGGUCUUUCCCUAGCAGAUUCUGUCACACAUCUAGUCUUAGCUGUUGUCCCGCUAUGUUCACACGGUUAAAGGACCGUUUCUGGGAAACUGUCACUUCAAUGAAUGCAGUGCAUGCCGGAGAUGUAUGUUGCCUGGCCACUGGAAUACAGAAAAUAAAACAAACUUUGGGAAAAAGUCCCCCCUCUAUUACCCAGAAAAUGAAAAUAAAAGAAUUGGUUUCUCUCUCUCUGAAAAAAACAUUUUAAAAUCCUGGCUCAACUCGAUGUCCUCUCUGUCCUCAUCUUUCCACGCAGGUUCAUCUUUGAAGACUACACUCCUACAAACUUUGACACCUUUCCUGCUGCCAUCAUGACUGUCUUUCAGGUCUGGUCUAAUUCAAUUGUUUUGAUUGAGUAAAGUUUUGUGUUUUUGAUUCAGGUAACAAAGCUUUGCAUGUGGAAAUCUUACAGAGUCCAUAUAAAUAUUUGGAUUGUCAUGAAUUUGCAGAUUAUCUACUCUGUAUCUUGUGCCUGAAUCCUGUGAUACAGUAUGUGGUACUUACAGUCGCUAGUGAAAGUCUACACACAUCUUGCACAGUCUUAUCAUUUUGCUGUCUUAAAAUGUAAUCUAAAAAGGGAUUACAUUUGAUUUUUUUUCCUACCCAUCUACACAACCUACUCCACAAAACUACAGAAAAUGUUCCAGAUAAAUACAAAUAUAACAUGAAGAUGUAUUGAUUGUGUAUGUCUUCAAACCCCAGAGUUAAUACUUGGUGGAAGCACCUUUGGCAGCCAUUACAGCUGUGAAUAAUUUUGAAUAAGAUUCUACCAACCUUGUACAACUAUUAAGGCAACAUAUAUCAGUUAGGAAUCAUUGAUGGAUAGCAAUACCUUGUCUCUGAUUUUUAAGAAGAUUUAAGUCAGGACUGAGACUGGACCAUUCAGGAACACUCAACAGCUCUUGUAAAGCCAUUCUGAUGUGUAUUUGGCAUAAACAUGUGUGUUAUGGCCUCCCGAGUGGCGCAGCGGUCUAAGGCACUGCAUCGCAGUGCUUGAGGCGUCACUACAGACAUGGGUUUGAUCCCAGGCUGUGUCACAGCCGGCCGUGACCGGGAGACCCAUGGGGCGGCACACAAUUGGCCCAGCGUUGUCCGGGUUAGGGGAGGGAUUGGCCGGCCGGGAUUUCCUUGUCCCAUCGCGCUCUAGCAACUCCUUGUGGUGGGCUGGGCGCCUGCAAGCUGACUUCGGUCGCCAGCUGGACGGUGUUUCCUCCGACACAUUGGUGCGGCUGGCUUCCGGGUUAAGCGAGUAGUGUGUCAAGAAGCAGUGCAGCUUGGCAGGGUCGUGUUUCAGAGGACGCAUGGCUCUCGACCAUUGCCUCUCCCGAGUCCGUAGGGGAGUUGCAGCGAUGGGACAAGACUGUAACUACCAAUUGGGGAGAAAAAGGGAUAUAAGUACAAAAAAAUAGUAAUAAUAAUUGGGUUAUUGUCCCACUGAAACUCUAUCCCAGCGUAAGGUUUUCAGAAGACUACGGCGGAUUUUCCUCUAACAUUUUACCUGGGCUUUGCUCCUUUCAUAUUUAUUUUGAUCCUGACAAACUCCCCAGUCCCUGCUGGUGACAAUCAUACCCAUAACAUGAUGCUGCCACCACAAUACUUGAAAAUACAGAGGAUCAACAACAUUGCAUUCAUUCCACAAUACUGGCCUGUAUGAAAAAGUUAAAAGAAGAAAGACUGUGUUAAAAAAUCCUCUACAAAUCAUCCAUCCUGUUUGAAACAAGGCCGUUAAGCAAUACUGCAAGACAACACGGCAAAUAAAUUAACUUUUUGGCCUAAAUUUAAAACUACAGGUUUGGGUCAAAUCCAAUAGAACACAACACAGAGUAAAACCCUCUGUAUUUUCAAGUAUUGUGGUAGCAGCAUCAUGUUAUGGGUAAGCUUAUAACCAGAAGGAACUAGGGAGUUUGUCAGGAUCAAAAUAAUAAUGAAAGGAGCAAAUCCCAGGUAAAAAGUUAGAGGAAAACUCGCUUCAGUCUUCUGAAAACCUUACCCUGGGAUAGUAUUUUUUAGUGGGACAAUUACAAAAUGUAAAUGCCAAAGACACACCAGAAUGGUUUUGCAAUAGGUGUUGAGUGUUCCUGAGUGGUCCAGCCUUAGUCAAAUUUGCUUGAAAAUUGGAGACAAGGUCUGAAUAUUGUUGUCCAUCAAUGAUUACCAACCAAAUUUACUGAGCUUGAGCAAUUUUGACAAAGACAACAGAAAAAUGUUGCCCUAAGAGUUGUGCAAAGUUAGUAGAAUCUUAUUCAAAAUGAUUAACAACUGUAAUGGCUGCCAAAGGUGCUUCCACCAAGUAUUAACUCUGGGGUGCCAAGACAUACGCAAUCAAGAAAUUUUUGUUUUUUUGAUUAUUUAUUAAUUUGGAAAAUGUUCUGUAACUAUCUUUCACUUUGAAAAUGUGGAGUAGGUUGUGCAAAUCUGUAUGAAAAAAAACUAAUGUAAUCCCUUUUUAAGGCAGAAAACGAUGAAGACUGUGCAAUGGAUGUGUAGACUUUCACUAGGCACUGUAUAUCUAGAUCCUGACAGGAGAAGACUGGAAUGAGGUGAUGUACAAUGGGAUCCGCUCCCAGGGAGGAGUGAAGUCAGGAAUGUGGUCCUCCAUAUACUUCAUUGUGCUCACACUCUUUGGUAACUGUAUCCUUUCUCAGCUAGCAAAUCACUUUUCACACUGUAGAUAUGAUUAGAUUAAACGUCUGAUGUGUGGAUUCUGUAGAUCAGACAUCUAGGUCCUUGACAUGAGUGUGACCAGACACGCUGCUGAAUGUCUUCUUGGCCAUCGCUGUGGACAAUCUGGCCAAUGCCCAGGAACUAACCAAGGUAAAAUCUCCUUUCAACAAUUCACUAGUCUUCCCAUAAUUGAAGAUGAUACCUGCUCUCAACAGCAUCUGUGAUUAAUUAAUCUGUUCUAUGCAAUCUUAUAUCUAGGACGAAGAGGACGAAGAGGCUGCUUUCAAUCAGAAACAUGCUCUCCAGAAAGCCAAGGAAGUAGGGGCCAUGUCUUCCCUGAUGUCAUCACAGUAAGUGGUGUGUGUACCCCUGCUGCCUGUUCCCCUUCCUCUCUGUCUCCCUCAGGACUCUAACAGACUGCUAACUAACAGUACUAACACUAUGUAGUCACACCAGAGGCUGUUGCUGUAGUACAGCCAACACUAAAGGAAGGGAGGGAUUGAGGCUGACAAAGCCUUAGGGAAUCAGUUUGACUAUGGGCAAUUUUUGUUAUGUAGUGCUAUGCCUUGGAAUUUGGCUUUUGCAAAUCGGCAGGAAAAUGUGCCUUGAACUGCAUUAGAGCCCCGGGUUUGAACUAGAUUAGAUUAUACACUGAGUGUACAAAACAUUAGGAACACCUUCCUAAUAUUGAGUUGCACCCCCUUUUGCCCUCAGAACAGCCUCAAUUCAUCACUCUACAAGGUGUUGAAAGCGUUCCACAGGGAUGCUGGCCCAUGUUGAUUCACAGUUGUGUCAAGUUGGCUGGAUGUCCUUUGAGUGGUGGACCAUUCUUGAUACAAAUGGGAAACUAUUGAGCGUGAUAAUCCCAGCAGCGUUGCAGUUCCUGACACACUCAAACCGGUGCAUCUUGCACCUAAUGUCAUAACCUGUUCAAAGGCACUUAAAUAUUUUGUCUUGCCCAUUCACCCUCUGAAUGGCACACAUACACAAUCCAUGUCUCAAUUGUCAAAAAAAUAUUUUGUUAACCUGUCUCCUCCCCUUCAUCUACACUGAGUGAAGUGGAUAUAACAGAUGACAUCAAUAAGGGAUCUUAGCUUUCACCUGGUCAGUCAGUCUAUGUCAUGGAAAGAGCAGGUGUUCCUAAUGUUUUAUACACUCAGAGUAGUUUGUGUUACUGGUAAAUCAUAGUUGAUUUAGUCCGUUUGAUCUAGGUACAGGCUACUGUAAUUGUAGCUGUAUAAUGGAGCUCCGGACAGUCGUAGUGCCCUUCAUAAUUUUUUACAUUUGAGUCAUUUAGCAGACGCUCUUAUCCAGAGCGACUUACAGUUAGUGAGUGCAUACAUUUUUCAUACUGGCCCCCCUUGGGAAUCGAACCCACAACCCUGGCGUUGCAAGCGCCAUGCUCUACCAACUGAGCUACAGGAGGCCUAAUGACUUCUUGGCCAUCGCUAAUGAUGUUCAUAUUGCUGAAAAUGUGUGCUGGAAACAACUGAACUGAACAACUAAAGAGGUAUUGAUAUACCCUUCCUGAUAGGUCUAUAGGUCUGUUUUAGAUUGUACCUCUAUAAUUUGCUCUAAAUUGAACAGCGUGUCACCAUGGCUACCGGCAGGCUUCCCAGUAUCUGCAGGGAUGAGCCUAUACCGUCGUCAUAGCGACAGCAUUACUGGCAUCCAAAUUAAUAUAUCAUUCCAAUUAGAUAAAUAUUCUGCAGUACUUAGUCACCCUUACUUUCACAAGACUGAUUUUUGUAAUCGUUAUGUUUUUGGAGUAAAUAGAAGAAUUACCAAGUGUCAGGAAGUCAUUCAUCUGGACAUGCCAUGUUGGGUUACAAGAGACAAGAGUCAUAAAGUAAUGUUAUUUCAUCAAAGCCCACAGUAUUGAUUUCCUAUAUGAAUGUUGUGACACCCAGUCUGUCUGGUGGAAGUGCAUGUACUUAGGCAUGGUGAAACAUAGAGAGAUGGUACGCAUGUUGGAAAUGAACAGCAUAUUGCAUGGUCAUUCAAACCACAUGCGCGGAAAAAGCAUUUUUAAAUGUUUCAUAAUUAAACAUUUUGGUCUCAUGCUGUGCAGCAUUAGAUCUCCUUGGCAAUACGUUAGUACAGCAGGAGUGAAGAUUAGCAGAGCUGUGGUGCGUGCUACAAAUAUAACCAGUUCCAUGAAUUGCUUAUGCGGAAAUAUAAAACUGGAGGAUUUUCCCCUCAGUAACUUGAAGUUGUUGGUUUUUCAUCUAGGUUCACCCAGGUUGAGGCAUAUCUAUACAGUGCCUUGCAAAAGUAUUCAGCCCCCUUGGCGUUUUUCCUAUUUUGUUGCAUUACAACCUGUAAUUUAAAUGGAUUUUUAUUUGGAUUUACACAUAAUAUAUACACAUACACAUAAUAGUCCAAAUUGGUGAAAUUAAAAAAAUUACUCGUUUCAGAAAAUUCUAAAAAAUAAAUACCGUAAAAGUGGUGCGUGCAUAUGUAUUCACCCCCUUUGCUAUGAAGCCCCUAAAUAAGAUCUGGUGCAACCAAUUACCUUCAGAAGUCACAUAAUGAGUUAAAUAAAGUCCACCUGUGUGCAAUCUAAGUGUCACAUGAUCUGUCACAUUAUCUCAGUAUAUAUACACCUGUUCUGAAAGGCCCCAGAGUCUGCAACACCACUAAGCAAGGGGCACCACCAAGCAAGCGGCACCAUGAAGACCAAGGAGCUCUCCAAACAGGUCAGGGACAAAGUUGUGGAGAAGUACAGAUCAGGGUUGGGUUAUAAAAAAAUAUCAGAAACUUUGAACAUCCCACGGAGCACCAUUAAAUCCAUUAUUAAAAAAUUGAAAGAAUAUGGCACCACAACAAACCUGCCAAGAGGGCAGCCCACCAAAACUCACGGACCAGGCAAGGAGGUUAAUCAGAGAGGCAACAAAGAGACCAAAGAUAACCCUGAAGGAGCUGCAAAGCUCCACAACGGAGAUUGGAGUAUCUGUCCAUAGACCACUUUAAGCCAUACACUCCACAGAGCUGGGCUUUACGGAAGAGUGGCCAGAAAAAAGCCAUUGCUUGAAGAAAAAAAUAAGCAAACACGUUUGGUGUUCGCCAAAAGGCAUGUGGGAGACUCCCCAAACAUAUGGAAGAAGGUACUCUGGUCAGAUGAGACUAAAAUUGAGUUUUUUGGCCAUCAAGGAAAACGCUAUGUCUGGUGCAAACCCAACACCUCUCAUCACCCCAAGAACACCAUCCCCACAGUGAAGCAUGGUGGUGGCAGCAUCAUGCUGUGGGGAUGUUUUUCCAUCGGCAGGGACUGGGAAACUGGUCAGAAUUGAAGGAAUGAAGGAUGGCGCUAAAUACAGGGAAAUUCUUGAGGGAAACCUGUUUCAGUCUUCCAGAGAUUUGAGACUGGGAUGGAGGUUCACCUUCCAGCUGGACAAUGACCCUAAGCAUACUGCUAAAGCAACACUCGAGUGGUUUAAGGGGAAACAUUGAAAUGUCUUGGAAUGGCCUAGUCAAAGCCCAGACCUCAAUCCAAUUGAGAAUCUGUGGUAUGACUUAAAGAUUGCUGUACACCAGCGGAACCCAUCCAACUUGAAGUAGCUGAAUAGUUAUGCACGCUCAAGUUUUCUUUUCUUUUUUUGUCUUAUUUCUUGUUUGUUUCACAAUAAAAAAUAUGUUGCAUCUUCAAAGUGGUAGGCAUGUUAUGUAAAUCAAAUGAUACAAACCCCCCAAAAAUCAAUUUUAAUUCCAGGUUGUAAGGCAACAAAAUAGGAAAAAUGCUAAGGCGGGUGAAUACUUUCGCAAGCCACUGUAUGUGCAGGGUUUUGCAGGGUACCUUAUGACAUAUUCAGGGUCAGGCACUUGUCGAAUCACGUUGAUGAGAUUUGAAUACCAUAGGUUUUCCAGCGUCUGUGUUUGGAGAAAUCUCUGAACUUUGGUAGCAUUGCAUCAUGUCUGUGAUGUCUGAGGUGAAAUGCUGUAACUGUCUUUCCUCCGGGGGAUCUUGCACAACUGACCUUCAGAGCAUGAUGAUGAUGAUGUUGACUAAGUGAAAAAGGUUGAAGCAUGUCUGAGACUCCUGAUACUGUAGAGAGCGAUGGCUGCAUGUCUCUCUCUGACCAGCAUGACCAAUGAGAAUGUUACCCUGGCACAACUUUGGGGAGGAGAGCUGCACACGUAAUGCAAACUGAUAUGGUUGCUUUGCCUAAACAAUCUCUGUCUCUGUUCUGUUUGUUGUGCCAAUGAAGGCCAUUUCUGUGUUUUAUUCCUGUGCCAUACUGUAUCUCUGAAUGUCUUUAACAUUUCAAACUUCCUGAAUAUUUUAUAUGUUGCACCUGUUGAUGUUAAUGUUGUUCUGAUCUAAUACUGCUGCCAUCCUGUUUGUCAUGUGGCGCUUUGCCUGCCUAGAGGCACAGCCCAAAACAUUUAGGCAAUAUUCAUUUGGUUGAAUCAUUUAAAAGGGUUUUACUACCUGGUAAUACAGAAAAUAAUGAUUUUGGCUAUACAGACAUACAAUGCAGUAGACUAUAGUCUAAUAGUGAUCCAUUGAAAUUGGUAAUGUUGUUGGACUGUGUCUCAGGGCCUGUUUUGUCUCUGCUCACAAAAGCACUAAUGUCUUGUUUUCAACCAAUCGCUUAUUGAUAACACGGACCACACAAGAGUACAAGUACGAGUAAGUAUUAACGCUGUCUGUUCAUUUCAAUUUCAAAACAAACUGCCUGAUUUUCUUAACUGGGUAACUCUUCUGUUCUCAUUUUAUUACGUUCCUUGUUUUACUUCCAGAAUCUUACAGUAUUUGGCUCUGCAUCUUAUAUCAGUUCCACUGGUUUCUACGUCUCCCACUUUCAUUAUAGUUAUUACAACUUCCUAGUUACAUUUUGCUUAAUUUAUUACAUAACAUCUUCAUUGAGCCAGUAAAUUGUUUUUCAUCAAUGCUUAAUUAAAAUUCUGGAUCUUGUUUACCAAGCUUUGAAAAUCAGACUAAAUUGCCUUUUCUCGAAUGUGUUCCAACUGCUCACUGGUUUUGUACAAAUGUUUUAUUUAUAAGUGUAUGUUUCACAAACAUUUGUACACAAGCAAGUAGAAGAAAUUAAAAAACUAUUCUAACACAUUUUGGAAUUGGUUUAAAAUGAAAAGUAGAGGUUACAAUAUUCAGUGUAUAUCACUGUUAUAUACAAGUACUGUGUUUCUAUCUCCCUUACUGCUAAUCCUGACAGUGUUGUUGUCCUCUCUCCCAGCAGGAGGAGGAGACCCUACCUGUACAGGAAAAGAGCGAUACACAGGAGCCGGCCUGCCUACUCUCUGGAGGAGGCUGAGAGCCUCGCCGAGGGGCCCCCCUGCCCGCCACUGAAUUCCUCUAACUCUUUCAUGUCCAGGGGGGAGAGGAGAAGACGGAUGACCAUGUCUGUGUGGGAGCAGAGAACCAGCCAACUGCGCAGGCACCGGCAGAUGUCCAGCCGAGAGAUCCUCUUCAGCAGCCCCAGUGAGGAGCAGGAGGUGCCCCCUGGAUGCCCCCACCACCUCAAAGCCACAGGCACACCCACAGGCAGCCUGAAGCUGGCUGACCCCACGGCUGACCCUACGGCCUCCACAGCUCAGCCCCCCAAGCCCAUGGACCUAACUCUAGAGGAGCCACCCCUGUCCAUGGGCGUCCCUGAGCCCCCCUUGUCCGUCCCUUUAGCAGAGUCACCCAUACCCAUCGACAGUCCCCUGCCUGACCCCUCCACGUCCACAGUUGUGUCCAUUCCGGAGCCCACUGAAUCUGAGCUGUGCCCAGAGAGCAAGCUUGAUGUCACCAACCACAGCCACCCAGGUGUCAAUGGCCGCAGGAGCCCCAGGUUAAAUGGGGAGAGAAGGCAGAGAGCGGUGCGUAAGUUCCGCCCUCCUGCUGGUGACACCCUGACCCCUGACAUGGCAGGGAUGAGGUUCAGGAGGCCAAGGGGCACAGGGCACCACGAAGCCCAGGCUGGGGCCAGAGGCCUGGACUCACCCCAGAGGGAGGGGAGCAGUCGCUCUAUCAGCAGGGAGAGAAAGACCCCAGAGGACCCACAGGAGAAGGAGAGGAGAGCCGGUAAUGCGGGAGAGACCAGCCAGCCUUCUGAGACCAGGGAGGCUGAACACAGGUGAGGAGGAACUGACACUGAUGUACAGCUAGUUCUAUUAGUUCAGUAUAUAGUAGACUGUUUGUAUAGUAUUCUGUAGACUCUGUUUGUAUAGUAUUCUGUAGACUCUGUUUGUAUAGUAAACUGUUAGUAGUCAGUUUUCUGCUAUGUUCAAUGUAUCAGACUUCAGAGUGCCCAAAAUGCAACAAAUCCCCAAUGAAUCCGGACUCCAAGCCUAGAUGUUGUCCCUUGUCCCUCUGCUCCUCGACAGACAGGGUGACCCUAACCAGGCUGGGGUUCCUGAGCUGCAGAACAGGGAGCAGGGUCCACAGUCAGAACCACCCACCCUGCAGCCAUUUCAGGCUGCAGUACUGGAGCUCCCAGAGGGCCAGACAGGAGAUAGUGAUACUGGGAACAAUGCCACCACUCUGAACCAGGAUAACUCCCCUCUGAGCUCCAGUAUCUACAUAGAGGUGACCAAUGUUCAGUCGUCACUAGAGCUCACCCCCAUCACAGGUAACACCUUCAAGGGUGUCCUUAUUCUAUCACAUAUGUGCAUUCAUUGUGCUAGUUCCGCUGAGAGGUGUAUGAAAUGCCUUGGUGUAUGAAAGCCUCCAUCUCUUGGGGGUUGGAGAUAUCUCUGAUAUCACAGCAUGUUACCACAAUCAGAGCACAGCAGCACACCCACAUUCUCCACCUCUUCCAGGUAACAGUAACGACAUGGAGGCGUCCAAGCCUGAGAAGGAAGAGGAGCAGUUGACCAGCCCAGCCAAUAUUGUCACACCUGACAGCAUGUUCAUCUUCAAACCUGGCAACCCGUAAGUCUCCCUCUGUUCCUCUCUGCUACUCCUAUUACAUCAUCCAGAACCUUCAUCCUAACACCAUCAUCCUAGUACUAUCAUCCUAACAGCAUCAACCUAACAGCAUCAUCCUAGUACCAUCAUCCUAACACCACCAACCUAACACCAUAAACCUAAUACCAUCAUCCUAGCACCAUCAUCCUAUCACCAUCAUCCUAACACCAUCAAGCUAAUACCAUCAUCCUAUCACCAUCAUCCUAACACCAUCAACCUAAUACCAUCAUCCUAACACCAUCAUCCUAAUGCCAUCAUCCUAACGCCAUCAUCCUAACACCAUCAUCCCAAUACCAUCAACCUAGGACCAUCAUCCUAACACCAUCAUCCUAGUACCAUCAUCCUAGAACCAUCAUCCUAGUACCAUCAUCCUAAUACCAUCAACCUAAUACCAUCAUCCUAACACCAUCAUCCUAAUGCCAUCAUCCUAACACCAUCAUCCUAACACCAUCAUCCCAAUACCAUCAACCUAGCACCAUCAUCCUAACACCAUCAUCUUAGUACCAUCAUCUUAGUACCAUCAUCCUAGUACCAUCAUCCUAAUACCAUCAGCCUAACAUCAUCAUCCUACACCAUCAUCCUAACACCAUCAUCCUAACACCAUCAUCCUCACCAUCUAACACAGACUUGAUAGAGAUAUAGAUAUAGGUUUCAGUCCUGCUCUGUCAGUUGUUUAUCAGUCAGAGCGGUUGUGUCCUCUGUUCCUUGUCUAGGAUCCGCCGGGCCUGUCACUAUGUGGUGAACCUGCGUUACUUUGAGACGUGCAUCCUGCUUGUGAUCGCUGCCAGCAGUAUCGCCCUGGCUGCAGAGGACCCCGUGUCAGCCACCUCUAACUGGAACAAAGUGAGAGCCAGUCUGGUCACUGGGCUUUACAUGGACUCAACAGAUGGCUGUUUUCCUCGCUGACCUUGAGCCUCACUAUUCUAACUGUCCUUCUCCACAAUGGUGGCUAGGCUAUUGUCUUUGGUGUGUGGUUGCUUUUGUUUUGCUUUGUUUUCCUCUGCUGUAUUAUUUUUCUCUCAGCAUAACGAGGAGUGCAAACAUGUGCCCCUGACAGGGAUUGUGUCUGCAUCUGACACUGUAUCUGAUCUCACAGGGAGAGCAAUAUUAGAGUUGUCACUCUCUGCUCACACUGAGGAGCCAGAUUGAGGAGAGGAGGGUGUUGUAGGGUGUAGAAUCAUCACAUCACACUCCCUACAGCUGCCUCUGCUUUAGUCUCUUCCUACGACAACAAAUCAAACAGAUAGCACAAACAGCGUUGAUCUAGCUAGUACAAUCUGGAAUUCUACAGAAUUUCUAUUGUUGAUGACAUUGUUUUGUAUGUCGUUACAGAAGUUCCUUCAAGUAAAAACGAAUCAUUUUGAAUGUGUGCCUGGGGUCUCAUAUCUGGCCAUGUACUAGCUGAAAUACUAAAAGAAAGCAUUAUUAUAAUUGCUUUGUGAAGGUCUCCCACGGUGACUUGAUGGGGGGGGCUUCUUUGGAUGUUGGUGAUUGAGGCAGAUUGAGUUGGAAAUGCAAUGGGCCUGUGCGAUAUCCUAGGAAGAUAAUCAAAGCAUAUAUUCAUCAGAAGAGAAGGGCACCACUUAAAAGCAUUGUCUUAGAAAUAGAAGGCCCUCAGGGUAAACGUAAUCAAUGUGACCAUUAAAGAGAGAAGUUGGUUUCCUAAAAGGGAAAUGUGUCCCCAGUUCAGUGGUGAAGAACAAAUGCAACACGUUAAACAUAGUGUCUCAGAGUCUCACUCUGGUCCUAAGUGCUUUUUGUUCUCCUCUAAUGUAUGAGCUGAUGGCAAAUAAUUAAAUGUUCUUCAUCAACCCCUGGAGUCCAAUAUUGUAAUUAAUGUAUUAAUAUAUUUGUCUACUUUUUACCCCACAGGUUUUGCGUUACUUUGACUACGUGUUCACAGGUGUCUUUACAUUUGAAAUGAUAAUAAAGGUGAGUUAUGACUUAAUAGAAAGAAAAUACAGUAUUCUCUAUUCAAUCAGCAGGAAUCCUGUAUUGAAACAUGACCAAACUGUGUCAUAUUUACAUGACAGAGGACAUACCAUACUGUAGCAGAAGCAGUUGGAUUGGGCAGAUGGUACAUGAACAUGUUUGGCAUAAGCUGUUACCCACUGGGCACACACUGGUUGAAUCAAUGUUGUUUCCAUGUCAUUUCAAUGAAUGACGUCUGUGCCCAGUGGGUAGUCCCGAGAAAAUGUAAUGUCAGAUAGACAGAAUGUACAGUAUUUUGCUAAUUAACAGUGAGGCCCCCCUAUGCCAAUAUUUAGUGCAGUUUUCAAAUGACUUAACAAAGAUGUGUAUUUGACAGAUGAUAGACCAGGGCUUGAUUCUCCAUGACGGCUCCUAUUUCCGGGACCUGUGGAACAUUCUAGACUUUAUCGUGGUGGUCGGAGCUCUGGUGGCCUUCGCCCUCACGUGAGUCAUGUGACCUUGCAUAGGUUAUAACUUCCUGUGUAGUGGUUUGUGUAGUGUACAGUACUAGAGUGUAUACUGCCAGUGUAGCUUGACUGCUCAGGUCUUUGACUGGACAUAGCACUGUUUUUCACUCUGUUUUGUGAUAUACAUGUUUUUUCCCACCCUGAGAUGUACAUGUUCAGUAUCAUGUCUUUCUCUCUGUCGUUCUCUGCUCCUGUGGAUUGUGUUGCUGUGGGACUGCCAGGAAUGUGUUGGGGUAAAAACACUCUCUUUAUUCUCUUUCUUUCUGCUCUUUUCUCAACAGGAUCCUGUGUUUCCUCUAUAGUUCAUACAUAAGUGCUGUGAAAAAGUAUUUGCCCCCUUUCAAAUUUUUCUAAUUGCGUAUUUUUGAUACUCAAUGUUAUCAGUUCUUCAACCAAAACCUAAUAUUAGAUCAAGGGAACCUGAUUGAACAAAUAACAUAACAAUUACAUACUUAUUAAAUGUAUUUCAUAAACAAGGUUUUGCAACACCCACAUAAUGGGAUACAUGUCUUCCAAUAAGUUAUACUUUUGACCCAUCUGUCGAUAGAACAUUCUUCCAAGAGUCUUGAUGAUCAUCCAGGGGCUUCAGGUGCUUUUUGGCAAACUUGAGUCAACUUUUUGGACGACGUGGGUCCCGUUAUGUCUGGCGACGACUUGCCUUAAUAGAAGGAACCAUGAAUUCUGCUCUGUAUCAGAGAAUUCUACAGGAGAAUGUCAGGCCAUUUGUCUGUGACCUGAAGCUGAUGCGCAGCUGGGUCAUGCAGCAAAACAAUUAUCCAAAACACACAAUCAAGUCUACAUGAAAAUGGUUAAAAAGCAACAAAUGUUGACGUUUUUUAAUGGCCUAGUCAAUCCAGACCUAAUCCAAAUUGAGAUAUUGUGGCAGGACUUGAAACUAGCAGUUCAUGCUUGAAAACCCACAAAUGUCGCUGAGUUAAAGCAGUUCUUCAUGCAAGAGUGGGCCAAAAUUCCUCCACAGCAAUGUGAGAGACUGAUCAACAACUACAGUAAGCAUUUGGUUUCAGACAUUGCAGCUAAAGGUGGCACAACCAGUUAUUGAAUGUAAGGGGGCAAUUACUUUUUCACACAGGGAAAUUGGGUGUUGCAUAACCUUGUUAAUUAAAUAAAUAAAAUAAGUAUACAUUUUUUUUGUUAUUUGUAAUCUCAGGUUACUUUUUAUCUAAUAUUAGGUUUUGGUUGAAGAUCUGAUAACAUACUGUAUAAAAAAUAUGAAAAAACUGAGAAAAUCAGAAAAGGGGCAAAUACUUUUUUAGGCACUGUAUUUCUUUCUAAUCAGAGACGUAAAGUACAGUAAUACGUCUCCUGUAAAAUGGUUAGCUCAAUGCUGGAGUGAGUUUACCAGGUCUUCAUUCUACGUGUCUCUACUUGUAGAAAUAAUAAAGGACGGGACAUCAAAACCAUCAAGUCUCUUCGGGUACUGCGCGUCCUGAGGCCCCUGAAGACCAUCAAGAGACUACCGAAACUCAAGGUAACCUUUUCCAUUUGUUUUCUCAGCAAUUGCUUCCCAUGUUAACAGUGCCUGCCCCAGUCAACAGUCUGAGGGACAGACUACAGGGGAGUUCUAUCAGGCUGUUCAGGGUUUAUCAAGGCUGCGGUACUGUCUAUGUGUGUGGUAUGACGGUAUCAGGUCAGUAGCCACUGUUAAACAAUUGGAGAUGACUUCACAUCCAUUUAGUCACACCUAUUUCCACAUGAGGGUUUCCAGGCAGCAGAGAAUAAACUAAGGAAAGAUUGAUAGAUGAGGUGAUAAACCUGAGAGUUCGAGCAUGAAAACAUUUUGUCACGACUUGAUUUCCCAAACCUCACACAUUCCAUUUCUGCUGGGGGGGAAGAGUGUGUCUGUCAAAGGAAAUGAGGAAAUGAGUCCAACUGAUAACUGUGUGAGUGGACCAGGGAUUCAGUCAGUCAGCUGAUACCAGACACACCGCAAUCAAUAGACCUGAUUGUCCUGGGACUGGAAAGUGAAAUAAAGAUCUACAGAGUAAUACAAUCCUCUUUCAGUCACUCAUGUAGCAACAAUAGUUUGGGAUCAUAUUGGACAAUUGUAUGCUAUUUAUAGCACUUGAGUUAGAAGUCAGCCUCAACAAAUCACUAGCUAACUGGACGAAAGCUGAACCCCCUCAGUUUUAGCGUAUCACUUUCUUUGACUCUCUUUUUCAAUUGCCUUCCCUCAUGCUUCGUCCUCUGCCUGUGUGUGUAGGCAGUGUUUGACUGUGUGGUGACCUCUCUGAAGAACGUCUUCAACAUCCUCAUCGUCUACAAGCUCUUCAUGUUCAUCUUCGCUGUCAUCGCUGUGCAGCUGUUCAAAGGGAAGUUCUUCUACUGCACAGACGGAUCCAAAGACACAGAGAAGGACUGCCAGUAAGUGUCUGUUGAGCUGCCUGUAUACACUCAUACACUGGGCCUUACAGAACACUAACAUACAGUAGUUGUGGUGGAUGAAGACCUAUUGGAGACCUACAGUAUGGUCAUGUUUUCUACUGCUUCUUUGUCCUCUGAAUGUCUAUUGUACACUGUGUGUCUGUCUCUUUCUAUCAGGGGCUUCUACAUUGACUAUGAGAAGGAUAAGAAGGAGGUGAAGAGGAGGGAUUGGAGGAGACAUGACUUUCACUAUGACAACAUAGUCUGGGCCCUACUCACUCUGUUCACUGUCUCCACUGGGGAGGGCUGGCCACAGUAAGUCUCACUCUCUCCUUACACACUAUUCAUUAUGUUACCACAGCGCCUAGUGGUUAGAGUGUCCGCCCUGAGAUUGGAAGGUUGGGAGUUCGAUCCCCAGCUGAGUCAUACCAAAGACUGCAAUAGACUGGCGUCCUGUCCAGGGGGUGUAUUUGUACAUCAAGCUGCCUCACGCUACAGAAACAGGAGAUAGGCUCGUGCUCCUAUGAGCCGUUCCGGCUCGCACAAGGCUACUUUAUUUUAUUAUGUCUCUAGGUUAGACUGAAUUAUGGUUCAGAAUGUCCAUUGCUGAGCCCACUGUGGUCUGUCUGUGUGUCUGUCCAGGGUCCUGCAGCACUCUGUGGACGUGACAGAGGAGGACAGAGGUCCCAGCCGGGGCAACAGGAUGGAGAUGUCCAUCUUCUAUGUCAUCUACUUUGUGGUCUUCCCCUUCUUCUUCGUCAACAUCUUUGUGGCUCUCAUCAUCAUCACCUUCCAGGAGCAGGGAGACAAGAUGAUGGAGGAGUGCAGCUUGGAGAAAAACGAGGUGAUGGAGUCACACACACACACACAGAUAAUCAUAAAACAAGCCAAAUGGAACCUAGACAUUAUUUUUUAACUGUAGACUUUCCAGUGAUAACCUAGAACACACCAGCUCAGUGUAUGUGUUAUUGAUGUGGUUUGCUGGUGGAAUGUAGCAUGUACAUCAAAAUGACCCUGUCUGGGCUUUUAGACUUAACUUGGUCAGUCUUGACAGGUUAUUACACAGAAGAGCACACUGGCUCAUGGAAAAUGCCUGGUAAAUAUACAGGAAUAGUGAGAUUUCCCCUCCAGACUCACACAGUCUCUCCCACCAGGUAUCCCUCAGUCAAUAUUGACCAGAAUGUUCCCAGCAGUCCAUAUAGCAGUGUGUCUACUUCAAGGAGAAAGUAUAAGGACUUUCCCAGAGCUAGGUGCUACAUGCUUAUUCCCAGGGUAUUUCCUGCACAACAAAGGGUUCUUCAACUUUCUUUCUUGUGUGUUUUCCCUUACAGAGGGCUUGCAUUGACUUUGCCAUAAGUGCCAAACCCCUAACCCGCUACAUGCCACAGAACAGACAGACGUUCCAGUACCGUCUCUGGCACUUUGUGGUCUCCCCCUCCUUCGAAUACACAGUGCUGGCCAUGAUUGCACUCAACACCAUUGUCCUGAUGAUGAAGGUGUGGAUAAUGAUCACAUUCAAACAAUACACUGAACUAAUCCCAUUUGUAAAUCCUAGCAGAAGUCAAGUCUCUGUGGUGCAGAAGGUAUUAUGGAGCCUGUUGCUGUAGCUGAUUGGGGUUGUAAGAUGCAUGUCCCUCUGCUCUGUGCUGUUCUCUAGCUAGGUCUGGGGUUUUUCCAUCCCCGUCCCUGUGAGCAUUUCAUUUAUUCCAAGAAAGGCCUUCAGUCAGACGGAAGGAGAGGAUGACUCAGCCUCUAUUAAAUAUUGAUCUAUAUCCACCGGCUAGUAUUUAACAUGGCCUCAUUAACUCUGCCUGUACAACUCAGAGGAAUUACUCAUUUUAUAGCCUCAGCUUAAUGUUUCGCUAUUUAUGUAUCAGAGGGAAUCUGCUAUGAACCUGUGGCUAUAGAUCUACAGUUGUAUUGUGAUUGAGCAAGAUGGUGUGUGUUUGGUUUCAUUGUGUUCUUUUGGGUUGUCUGUGCAUCCCAGUAAUUUGGUGUCAUUCCAAUUAUGUUUAAUGGUGUCUCUCUUUAUAUCCUAUGUGGUGGUAGUAUUACUCUGCCCCACCAGCAUACGAGGCUGUGCUGAAACACCUGAACACAGCUUUCACAGUGCUCUUCUCUGUGGAGUGUGUCCUCAAGAUCAUGGCCUUUGGCUUUCUGGUGAGGAACGAGUUAACGCCUACUGCCCCUGACAUCAUGAUCUGAUCCUGUUAGCAAUGCUACUAACAUCUACUGACUGAAGUAUGGAUGUUUUCCCCUCUUCUCCAGAACUACUUUCGAGACACUUGGAAUAUAUUUGACUUCAUCACAGUUUUGGGAAGCAUCACAGAAAUAGUGGUAGACUUGCAGGUAACAAAGCAUUACUGAAUAUCAAUCAAUGGCUGAUUGUGUUACCAUUUCUAUACAGUGCACUGCUAAUGAGCUGUAAACAUACUCUCUCAUCUCCCUUAAGUCAAUUGAGACCUUCAACAUGGGUUUCCUAAAGCUGUUCCGAGCAGCCAGACUGAUCAAGCUGUUGAGGCAGGGCUAUACCAUCCGCAUCCUGCUCUGGACCUUUGUCCAGUCCUUUAAGGUCAGCUCCACUCACAUUUCAGUACAGCACUGAAUAGGGACACUUAACACUGAAGGUGUGUGUGUGUUUGUGUGCGUGUGCGUGUGCGUGUGCGUGUGCGUUUGUGUGUGUAACGUCUGUUACUGUAUCAUGACAUAGGGUUUCUCUUUCAGGCUCUCCCUUACGUCUGUCUGCUCAUUGCCAUGCUCUUUUUCAUAUAUGCAAUCAUCGGAAUGCAGGUAAGGUGUUGCUCACAUCCUUUAUCUAUUCUGACACUUUCUAAGUUCGUCAUUGCAUGGUGUGAAUCUGUCGGUUCUGCAUACAAGACUGAGUCAAGACAUAUCUCAUGAUAUGUGCUUGAAUAUUCCUCAAGGUUUUUGGAAACAUCAGACUGGAUGAGGAGACUCACAUCAACCAACACAACAACUUCAAGACCUUCUUUGGUGCUCUGAUGUUGCUAUUCAGGUACAGUAGGAUAUCCUUCAUGUGUCACACAGUGGCUAACCGGAGUUCAUUUUCAGUCACUGAACAACACACUGCUGUCUGCCUGCAGGAGUGCCACGGGGGAGUCGUGGCAGGAGAUCAUGCUGUCGUGUUUAGGGGGGCAGAAGUGUGAGCCAGACCCCUUAGCUCUAACGUCAGACCAUGAGGAGCGCUGUGGAACUGAGUUUGCCUACUUCUACUUUGUCUCCUUCAUCUUCUUCAGCUCAUUUCUGGUAAGAGUCCUACUCUAAGAGUCCUACUGUCCUACUCUAAGAGUCCUACUGUCCUACUCUAAGAGUCCUACUGUCCCACUCUAAGAGUCCUACUGUCCUACUCUGAGUCCUACUGUCCUACUCUAAGAGUCAUACUGUCCUACUCUAAGAGGUCUACUGUCCUACUCUAGAAGUCCAACUGUCCUAACUCUAAGAGUCAUACUGUCCUACUCUGAGUCCUACUGUCCUACUCUAAGAGUCAUACUGUCCUACUCUAAGAGGUCUAUUGUCCUACUCUAGAAGUCCAACUGUUCUACAUUAAGAUAUUUACUGUUCUACUCUGAGUCCUACUGGCCUACUCUAAGAGUCCUACUGUUCGAAUCUAAGAGUCCUACUGUUCUACUUUAAGAGUCUUACUGUCCUACUCUAAGAGUCCUACUGUCCUACUCUAAGAGUCCUACUGUCCUACUCUGAGUCCUACUGUCCUACUCUAAGAGUCCUACUCUAAAAGUCCUACUGUUCUAAUCUAAGAGUCCUACUGUUCUACUUUAAGAGACUUACUGUCCUACUCUGAGUCCUACUGGCCUACUCUAAGAGUCCUACUGUUCUAAUCUAAGAGUCCUACUGUUCUACUUUAAGAGUCUUACUGUCCUACUCUAAGAGUCCUACUCUAAGAGUCCUACUGUCCUACUCUAAGAGUCCUACUGUCCUACUCUAAGAGGUCUACUGUCCUACUCUAGAAGUCCAACUGUCCUAACUCUAAGAGUCUUACUGUCCUAACUCUAAGAGUCUUACUGUCCUACUCUAAGAGUCCUACUCUAAGAGUCCUACUGUUCUAAUCUAAGAGUCCUACUGUUCUACUUUAAGAGUCUUACUGUCCUACUCUAAGACUCCUACUCUAAGAGUCCUACUGUCCUACUCUGAGUCCUACUGUCCUACUCUGAGUCAUACUGUCCUACUCUAGAAGUCCAACUGUCCUACUCUACAUGACCUACUGUCCUACUCUAAGAGGUAUACUGUCCUACUCUAGAAGUCCAACUGUCCUAACUCUAAGAGUCUUACUGUCCUACUCUAAAAGUCCUACUGUCCUACUCUAAAUGACCUACUGUCCUACUCUACAUGACCUACUGUCCUACUCUAAGAGUCCUACUGUCCUACUCUAAGAGGUAUACUGUCCUACUUUAAAAGUCCUACUGUCCUAACUCUAAGAGUCCUACUGUCGUACUCUAAAAGUUAUACUGUCCUAACUCUAAGAGUCCUACUGUCCUACUCGAAGAGUCCUACUGUCCUACUCUAAGAGUACUACUGUCCUAGUCUAAGAGUCCUACUCUAAAAGUCCUACUGUCCUACUCUAAGAGUCCUACUCUUACCAGAAAUGAGCGAAAGAAGUUGAAGGAGACACCUACAGUGAGGGAAAAAAGUAUUUGAUCCCCUGCUGAUUUUGUACGUUUGCCCACUGACAAAGACAUGAUCAGUCUAUAAUUUUAAUGGUAGGUUUAUUUGAACAGUGAGAGACAGAAUAACAACAACAAAAUCCAGAAAAACGCAUGUCAAAAAUGUUAUACAUUGAUUUGCAUUUUAAUGAGGGGAAAUAAGUAUUUGACCCCUCUGCAAAACAUGACUUAGUACUUGGUGGCAAAACCCUUGUUGGCAAUCACAGAGGUCAGACGUUUCUUGUAGUUGGCCACCAGGUUUGCACACAUCUCAGGAGGGAUUUUGUCCCACUCCUCUUUGCAGAUCUUCUCCAAGUCAUUAAGGUUUCGAGCCUGACGUUUGGCAACUCGAACAUUCAGCUCCCUCCACAGAUUUUCUAUGGGAUUAAGGUCUGGAGACUGGCUAGGCCGCUCCAGGACCUUAAUGUGCUUCUUCUUGAGCCACUCCUUUGUUGUCUUGGCCGUGAGUUUUGGGUCAUUGUCAUGCUGGAAUACCCAUCCAUUACCUAUUUUCAAUGCCCUGGCUGAGGGAAGGAGGUUCUCACCCAAGAUUUGACGGUACAUGGCCCCGUCCAUCGUCCCUUUGAUGAGGUGAAGUUGUCCUGUCCCUUUAGCAGAAAAACACCCCCAAAGCAUAAUGUUUCCACCUCCAUGUUUGACGGUGGUGAUGGUGUUCUUGGGGUCAUAGACAGCAUUCCUCCUCCUCCAAACACGGCGAGUUGAGUUGAUGCCAAAGAGCUCCAACACUUUCACCCAGUUCUAAUCUGAAUCAUUCAGAUGUUCAUUGGCAAACUUCAGACGGCCCUGUAUAUGUGCUUUCUUGAGCAGGGGGACCUUGCGGGCGCUGCAGGAUUUCAGUCCUUCACGGCAUAGUGUGUUACCAAUUGUUUUCUUGGUGACUAUGGUCCCAGCUGCCUUGAGAUCAUUGACAAGAUCCUCCCGUGUAGUUCUGGGCUGAUUCCUCACCGUUGUCAUGAUCAUUGCAACUCCACGAGGUGAGAUCUUGCAUGGAGCCCCAGGCCGAGGGAGAUUGACAGUUAUUUUGUGUUUCUUCCAUUUGCGAAUAAUCGCACCAACUGUUGUCACCUUCUCACCAAGCUGCUUGGUGAUGGUCUUGUAGCCCAUUCUAGCCUUGUGUAGGUCUACAAUCUUGUCCCUGACAUCCUUGGGGAGCUUUUUGGUCUUGGCCAUGGUGGAGAGUUUGGAAUCUGAUUGAUUGAUUGCUUCUGUGGACAGGUGUCUUUUAUACAGGUAACAAACUGAGAUUAGGAGCACUCCCUUUAAGAGUGUGCUCCUAAUCUCAGCUCGUUACCUGUAUAAAAGACACCUGGGAGCCAGAAAUCUUUCUGAUUGAGAGGGGGUCAAAUACUUAUUUCCCUCAUUAAAAUGCAAAUCAAUUUAUAACAUUUUUGACAUGCGUUUUUCUGGAUUAUUUUGUUGUUAUUCUGUCUCUCACUGUUCAAAUAAACCUACCAUUAAAAUUAUAGACUGAUCAUUUCUUUGUCAGUGAGCAAACGUACAAAAUCAGCAGGGGAUCAAAUACUUUUUUCCCUCACUGUACAUACAUACAUAUUUCACUUUCAUACACACCUACUGUAGUUCCUUGUCUAUGACCUCCUCUAAUCAUUGUUCAGAUGCUGAAUCUGUUUGUGGCUGUAAUCAUGGACAACUUUGAGUACCUCACCCGGGAUUCCUCGAUAUUGGGGCCUCACCACCUGGAUGAAUUUGUUCGUAUCUGGGGUGAAUAUGACCGAGCUGCUUGGUAAGUCACAGGCCCAACAACAACACUAACACAUACAAAGUAGCAGCACAUGUGUGAAUUAUUUUAUAUUUUACAGUUAUUCUAAUGUUACUCCCACCUACUUACAAAGACCACCAUAUAGCCCUAAUGUCCAAAACAUCUCAUGAUAUGAAUAGUAUUGCAUAUUUGGCUAAUUGCUGUCCAUUGUGUCCUGAUGCUUUGCUUUCCAGGUUAUUUAUCUUAGGACAAUGCUGGCACUUCGGCUCUGGUAAACUCCAGCAUAGCUGAAUCUCUAUGUUCAUUGUUAACUACAUAAAUGUAUGUUCUUUCCAGUGGAAGGAUUCACUAUAAGGAGAUGUACAAAGUAGUACGCACUAUUUCACCUCCCCUGGGCUUUGGAAAGAACUGCCCCUACAUGGUGGCCUGCAAGGUUUGGCUCCCCCACCACUACCCCACUAUCCCUUGCUCCCUCAAACCCCUCCUCCAUUGGGAUCCUUGCUCUGCCCCCCCUCCAUUCCUCUCUACCAGUUACUACUACCACUCUAUGGCCUGCUUGCAUUGCUGGAGGGGGCCAGUUCUGGCUCUGCUCCAGGCCAAAGAAUGACUGGGCUAUCGCUUCAGGAUACAAAGAGACGGGUCAUCCUCUAGCAUACAGAACAUUUCAUUAUGCACUUCAUUCUGUAGAUGCAGAGCAAUGAACUAUUGGAACAUGUAGUAUAACAUUAACAACUACACAAAAGCAGUUUGCUGUGAUACCCUGGCUCUCUGUGCCUGAUUGGAUCUGGUACCUCUGGGUUAGCUGACUGGUUCUAGAAGGAUGAGAAGGGUUAUGGUGGGGACUUCAUGGCCUACUGUAAGUCCCUCCCUGACAACUGUCAGCAGUACAGGUUCAGGAUGUGAUGUAAGUAUCUGCCAGAUCCACAGAGGACCCUACUGUCAUUCCUUUGGUCAUGUUAGAUUUCUUCCUCUCCCUCUUUUCUAUGCCAGGUCUGCAUAGAAAGACCACAACCUGAUCUUAUCCUUUUUUCCUUUCUGUGUAAUGCCAUUGAAUAACCCUCUUUCUGAUAUCUCUUCCCUUUUCCCUUUUACAUAUUCCUUUCUUCCUCCAUUCCUUGGGAAUGCCUUCCCUGCCCUUCCUCCUCCUCUUCCUCCUCGUCAUCUGCCUUGCUCCCUGCCUCCCCAGCGGGCGUAUUCAUUACACUGACAUGUAUGAAAUGCUGACCCUCAUGUCGCCACCUCUAGGCCUCGGCAAGAAAUGUCCAUCCAAAGUGGCUUAUAAGGUAGACCAAAGACAGACAGGCAAAGUUUCUAUGUUAGGUCAAUGGACACGGCAAACUAAAACCUUGCUCUCUGUGCCAUAUACUGGAUCAUCCCAAUUCCAAAUGAAGUGUGGGAAAUUGCUGUUGUCUAUCGUAUCGUAAUGUGUCGCUUGUUCAACUGUAAGAGAAUCUGCAAUGGUGUUUUUUGAUUGGCGGAUUAUAAUACGUACAGUAAAAAUAAAUAAGCAUUGUGCUUUGGUGUUUUCUUUUUUGUAUUGGUUUGCAUCUUGGCAGAGAACUGACUGAGUAAUUUAUUGAUGGUUUGUGUGUUAAGAGCUGUUUGUGCAGUAAAUGGCUUUUACAGUCUACAGUUUUGAAACGGGUACAAAAACCUGACAUGUACACUACCGUUCAAAAGUUUGGGGUCACUUAGAAAUGUCAUUGUUUUCAGAAAUACAGCGUAGACAUUGUUAAUGUUGUAAAUGGCUAUUGUAGCUGGAAACUGCUGAUUUUUUAUGGAAUAUCUACAGAGGUGUACAGAGGCCCAUUAUCAGCAACCAUCAGUCCUGUGUUCCAAUGGCACGUUGUGUUUGCUAAUCCAAGUUUAUCAUUUUAAAAGGCUAAUUGAUCAUUAGAAAACCCUUUUGCAAUUAUGUUAGCACAGCUGAAAAAUGUUGUGCUGAUUAAAGAAGCAAUACAACUGGCCUUCUUGAGACUAGUUGAGUAUCUGGAGCAUCAGCAAUUGUGGGUUCGAUUACAGGCUCAAAAUGUCCAGAAACAAAUAACUUUCUUCUGAAACUCGUCAGCCUAUUCUUGUUCUGAGAAAUGAAGGCUAUUCCAUGCGAGAAAUUGCCAAGAAACUGAAGAUCUCGUACAACGCUGUGUACUACUCCCUUCACAGACGCCUCACAGGUCCUCAACUGGCAGCUUCAUUAAAUAGUACCCGCAAAACACCAGUCUCAACGUCAACAGUGAAGAGGCGACUCCGGGAUGCUGACCUUCUAGGCAGAGUUGCAAAGAAAAAGCCAUAUCUCAGACUGCCCAUCUUAAUCUUUUAUUUUUAUUGGCCAGUCUGAGAUAUGGCUUUUUCUUUGCAACUCUGCCUAGAAGGUCAGCAUCCCGGAGUCGCCUCUUCACUGUUGACGUUGAGACUGGUGUUUUGCGGGUACUAUUUAAGGAAGCUGCCAGUUGAGGACCUGUGAGGCGUCUGUUUCUCAAACUAGACACUCUAAUGUAUUUGUCCUCUUGCUCAGUUGUGCACCGGGGCCUCCCACUCCUCUUUCUAUUCUGGUUAGAGCCAGUUUGCGCUGUUCUGUGAAGGGAGUAGUACACAGCGUUGUACGAGAUCUUCAGUUUCUUGGCAAUUUCUCGCAUGGAAUAGCCUUCAUUUCUGAGAACAAGAAUAGACUGACGAGUUUCAGAAGAAAGUUAUUUGUUUCUGGACAUUUUGAGCCUGUAAUCGAACCCACAAUUGCUGAUGCUCCAGAUACUCAACUAGUCUCAAGAAGGCCAGUUGUAUUGCUUCUUUAAUCAGCACAACAUUUUUCAGCUGUGCUAACAUAAUUGCAAAAGGGUUUUCUAAUGAUCAAUUAGUCUUUUAAAAUGCUAAACUUGGAUUAGCAAACACAACAUACCAUUGGAACACAGGACUGAUGGUUGCUGAUAAUGGGCCUCUGUACGCCUAUGUAGAUAUUCCAUUAAAAAUCAGCCGUUUCCAGCUACAAUAUCCAUUUACAACAUUAACAAUGUCUACACUGUAUUUCUGAUCAAUUUGAUGUUAUUUUCAUGGGAAAAUAAAUGCUUUUCUUUCGAAAACAAGGACAUUUCUAAGUGACCCCAAACUUUUGAACGGUAGUGUAUUUCAUAGAGCCACACUCUACAGUGUCAGAAUGUCAUACAAUCUUCUUCAAUCAGUGUUUCUUGAUUACUUCCUAUAAGUAUAUGCAUGUGCCUUCUGCCCAUGCACUCUGUUGCUUUUUUUCACAUAUAAUUUCCCUGUCAUUUAUUUUGUGAUAUGUGUGCAUGUGCAAUGGCAGAGAUGAACCUACCCUCUUUGUGCAUGCUGUGUUGUGAGUCUCUUGGCUGUUCUUACUAUGUCAUUCUUAUUAGAGAAUUGUGUUAUCACAUGUGUUUCUAUCCUUAUAUUGUACGUUUAGCUUAAACAGUAAAAACAUAUUAUCAAGUAGAGACUUGAGUAUUACAUUAAGACUGUAAAUGGCUAGCUCCUCCCAUUGGCAACAUGUUGUCUCCUGUUUGGUGAGAUAUAUUUCCUGCUUCCCACUCUGUCCCUUCCAUGGACACCCUCAGAGGCUGGUGCUGAUGAACAUGCCUGUGGAUGAAGAGAUGUCGGUUCACUUCACCUCCACCCUCAUGGCCCUGAUCCGAACCGCCCUGGAGGUCAAGAUAGCCAGAGGUCAGGCGCUAGCUAACGUGCUAUAUACUUAGUAUAACCUUGUUGUUUUUCUCUACUUUCUCCACACACUGUUGAUCAAUUGCCUCCAUAAGCUGCAUGCUUGAUCUGCUGUUGUUGUGGUGGUUCCAGGAGGGGAGGACCGAGGUCAGAUGGAUUCAGAUCUACAGAAGGAGAUCAGUGUCAUUUGGUCACACCUUUCUCAGAAGACCCUGGACCUGCUCGUUCCCAUCCACAAAGGUGACAGUCAGAAUUUAUGGUACCACUGGCAUUAGUCAAUGUAAUUGAACUAUUUACUCUAGGAGUUAUGCUUUUCAAAGAAUUCCAAAUGAGUGACAUUAUGCCAUUGGUCUUCCAGCCAGUCAUAUGACCAUCGGGAAGAUCUACGCAGCCAUGAUGAUCAUGGACUACUACAAGCAGAGCAAAGCCAAGAAGCUCAGGCAACAGCUGGAGGAGCAGGUAUAUACCUCUAUGUACAGUAUAGUUAGGAAAUCAUCUCCUCUUAACAGUAGUUUGCAUACUCUCAUACUGUACCUGUUUCAUCCUCACCCUCUAUAGAAACACGCUCCCAUGUUCCAGCGUAUGGACGCAUCCUCUCUGCCUCAGGACAUCCUCUGCAGUGUCAAAGCCCUCCCCUUCCUGCCCCACAGCGCUGGAUCUGCCCUGUAAAUAUGUUAUUUUACUCAUGAAUAGGGCUGUUGCGGUGACCGUAUUACCGCCACACCGGCAGUCGUGAGUCAUGACCGCAGUAAAAUUCCACGUGAUCGUUGAGUUACAGUAAUCUCCUCUUAUGCACUCAGGACAUGCUUUGGUAGUACCCAACUUGCUGACGACCAUCAGGUCCUAAUGGCCUGGUACUCAGGGCUCUAUUGUCCCUCUAACCACUCUGACAUCAAUGCAAAUGCGAUCGAAAAUCACAACAAACGCUUAUCAUCAGAACAGUACAGUGCUUUUAAAACUGACCUCACUGUGAUGAUCAAUUUGAAGACAGAAGUUCAACAGCAGGUUGAAACUGAGUGUAAAACAUGGUAGUUGUGGAUGUUAUUUCAAAGCCUAAUACAAUGAAAUGGACAGCGCUUUCUAAGGUGAUGAUUAAUUCAAAACACACAUACACAUAUUAGAACUUAUGCAUAUGCAUAGGCUUAUGAGCCCAAGCCUAAAAUUUUUUAUUAAAAAAAAGAUUUAAAAUGACGAUUGUGCUGUUAUACAAUACAUAGCCUACCGCAUAUUACCCAUGGCAGAAAAACAUAAAACAAAACUGAUUUAAGAUGUCUGGUAUAGCCUAUACUCUAAAAUUAAACAAAUUAGAGUAAUUGCCUUUGAGUGUGGUGAACUGUAUUAUUACGCAUACUGGAUGGACUGGUUACCUUAUGCUACUCUCCAAAAUGUCUAUCCAUGAUUCUGGUAGAGAGCCUUAGGCGAUGCUGUUGGUUCAUUGAUUGUGCAGGGCAGCUUACAGGUAGCCUACAAUUAUAGUGAAUGUUUUUGAUUAGCCUAGUAAUAGGGAUUUUUUUGUAUCUUUAUAAUGAAUUGGGUGGCACAUUACCUUUUAGCUAUGCAGAAUAUUUACAUUUACAUUUUUACAUUUUAGUCAUUUAACAGACGCUCUUAUCCAGAGCGACUUACAGGAGCAAUUAGGGUUAAGUGCCUUGCUCAAGAGCACAUCGACAGAUUUUUCACCUAGUCGGCUCGGGGAUUAGAACCAGCGACCUUUCGGUUACUGGCACAACGCUCUUAACCACUAAGCUACCUGCCGCCCCCAUACGUUUCCAUCUCCUCCUCUCUCUCCUUUAUUCCUUUCUCAAGCGUGCAGAGGGGCUGUCAACAGUUUAGUGAAAUAUGUUUUGUUGCGUAAACAUGUAACUAUCGAUGUUCCCGAACAGAUUUCAUUCGCUUGGUUUCCCAAAUUAAGCACUGGGUAGCUGCAGGAACGGGGUUGGAGAGCCCAUUGCAUACAGAGUUUAGGCGGAAUAUGACCUGUCGUGCAGCGAGAGCAUGCUCCUCAAACAGUGGUACAUGCAUGGAGUGAAAUAAGUGUUCUUAUAUUUAUUUCUCAUCUGCUCAUAUUAAGCCCAAUAAUGUUUUGAUUUCUAAGACAUUCUAAGGUUUGUAUCAUUCACAACUAAAGUUGCCAAAUAACUCUAAAUCUAGAGUAUAGGACCUGUUUCAAAUGAUCACUUUUACACUUUCUAUUUUAUUCAGCUAGUUCAAUUAUAUUCUUCUUACUAUAAAAUCAUAUAAUAUAAAAUAAUGGCACAGGACUUAUAAGCAUAUCUUAUCAGCUAAAUGAACAAGCCUACAGCCUAUGGCAUGGGGCAUAGCCAGAUAACAUACAGUAGGCCAACUCAUAUUCUGUUCUUCUGAAAUACAUUUUCUUCAUAUCAUAAUGUUUCUUUAGACCUGACUAACAUAAAUAACGGAUUUAUUGUGAUGGUGUAUAUUAUAUUGAUUUAUUAUACUUUUUUAAAUGUAGAUGUUCCAAAGGCGCGCAUCAGCGGCUUGUAUGCAGCUCAUAUGCGUGGAGGGCUGGAGAUGCUAAAAAUGUUUACGUUAAUUAACGUGAGACCAAUAGUAUUUUUACGUUCACGUCAUUUAGCAGAUUUACAGAAGUGAGUGCAUACAUUUUCAUAAUUUUAUUUCGUACUGGUCCCCCGUGGGAAUCGAACCCACAACCUUGGCGUUGCAAGUGCCACGCUUUACCAACUGAGCCACAAUAACCGGCUGCAUGACAAUAACAGGCUGACAAAAUGUCAUGACCGCCACAGCCCUACUCCUGAAGUCCCUGAUCCUGUGUGUGUGUGUGCCUGGAGAUGUAGUUAACAUAUGUGUGUUCAUCCUAGAUAGGCAUGCCAUUCUGAGUGUCUGUCUGUCUUCUUAUCUGUUCCAUCAGGACCAGAGGAGGUUUUGUGGCCUUGAGUCCCAUAUCCCCUCAGGAGAUGUUCAUGCAGCCCAUGUCCCAGGACCUAGAGGACAAGGAGGAGGACUACCACCACUAUCACCACCACCACCAACUCCACCACCAGCUCCACACACUGGUAAGGACUGGGUCUCAAGUAUUGUAACACCCCCAGAAACACACUCAAAUCAAAGUUUAUUCAUCAUGUACACAGUUUACAGCAGGUUUAAACGGUGCAGUGAAAUGCUUACUUGCAAGCUCCCUCAACUAAGCAGUACAAUACAUUAUAUCACACUGUAUGUUAUAUGUAUGUAUUACUGUGUUACACACUUAAUGUGGAAAUGAUUGUGUCAUUAUUACAAACAUAAUGCAUUAGUAGACUUUUGAUGGGUAAACCUCCAGUGAGAUAUGAUGGGGUGAGAAGGGUUAUGGUCUGGUAGGCUGUGCUUGUGAUCCAGAGAGAUGGAGAGGGGAGGGGGGGGUGGGGGGGGGGUUGAGGCUGUCUCUCCCAGCAGAGGCAGCGUCUGACUGGACUCACUCUGACUCAUCCACUCCCCCAUCCAUCUCUGUGUCACUGUCCAGCCAAUUAGUUGUCUCUGUCCACAAAUGAACAAGUUACCCAAGAGGCCCCGGCCCAAUCAAUAUUCAGUAUUCUGACGCUAGUUGAUUAUUGGGGUGGGGUGGGGGGUGGUCGUGGGAGGGUGUUGAUUUGUGAUUUGUGUUGAGAGAUUUGAUGUAUGGUGGCAGUAUAUUCUGCUUCAUCAUCAAACUCUUGUCUGAAACAACAUUUUAAAAAGCACUGCUGUUGAUCAGACUGUCAUCAUAGCUAUUAGACCCAGAACAGAUUGGUCCCUCACUCAUCUGUGAGUCAUGCACACUCUUACCUUACACUCAAAGCCAUUCAAACACACACCUACUCUUGUUAACUCUACACAGUCAAAGCCAGUUCUAUCUAGCAGAGCUGGAUUGCAGUAGCUGAUACGGCUGUCUGGCCCCCUUCUGUGUCAUUCUUAACUUCACCAUGGCAAUGUCUCACCAUGCUGUCCACUCCACACAGUGUCCCUUGUUUAAGGCAUUUAUCACUACUCACCCAUUUCUUUGAAUGGUAUCAUAAUUUCUCCGCCAUAGGCUUUGAUGAACCAUGCGUAUUAUGCUUAUUUUGCAAGAUUGUCGUGACUCUGCUGAGUUUUGGCACUGUGGGGAGUGUGACUCUGACCACAUGAAAGUGUGUGACUUUCUGUAAGUGUGUGAAUGGAACAGAGACGGAGACAGCGGCUUGUCUCUGGUGGUUUGAUGUCAGCACUGCUCUCAUGGUUUUGUGGUUUAACUGUGCUGUGUUGGUAUUUGGCACCUUUGUCAUCAAACAGAGCUAUAUGCCAUAUGGAACUCCCACCCAUCUCUCUUUUCUUUGAGCAGCUGUACAGAGUUCUGUUGGAGGAAACUGCUCAUAUUUCCUGGUUAUGGUUUCUCAGCUCUUCUCAGCUCUUUAGUGAAGAGUGGGGCGUUUUGGUUUCCUAUGCCUGCAUGCCUGUGACUGGUUCUUGCCUCCGCUUCAUGACUUUCAGUUAAUCAAGCUCCAUCUUAAGCUUUAAGCCCUUGUUGCGCAUGUAGACACCGCUCACUUCCUCCCCUCAGCCCCUCCUCUCUGCCCUGCCCGCCUGGUUGUCAGCCCCUAGUUGACAGUGGUACUCACAGUACUUCUGAGCACUCCAGACAGGCACCACUCACACAGGUUCACAAUGAAUAAUGAAAAAUUCAUACAUUACACCGCCAACACACAGUGCUUUGGCUGUCGUUGUGCUCAGCUGGUGCUUUUAAUCUGAGUAAAGAGGGUGUACGGCUAUUCGAUAGCGAUACUGUACAAAAUGUCAGUCAGCAUACUACAUCUGCUUGUGACGUGUUGGUACAGUAGCCCUCUGCUGGUCCUCUGACGUCAUUGCUGCAAACUCUGUUUUCACACAUUAGAACUCUGCUGUGUUUCUCUCCCCUCCUUCUUUCUCUGACUAUAUAGGUUCCGGAGCGCAAAGAGUUUAACCGCAACCUUUGCCCCACUAACAGGCAGGAUGCCCCACUCAGGGUGCCCGGGCGAGCAGUCUCUAUCCGAGCCUCCUCUAUGCCUCGGCUGGCUGUAGACACACAGGUACCUGUUACAGCCCCUCACCUCCCCUCCUCUACCCAUGGGGCCUCAGAGAGAACAGGACCCAGGCAGACAGCCUCUGUGGGGGCUUCAGAGGGACUGAACACUGGAGCAGUGCAGGCACAUAGAUACGGCAAUCAGCCAUGAAGUGGAGGAGGAUUGGGUGUUAACUAGGUUGCUACAGUAUAUACAUCUGAUUUCAGCUGCUACCUUCAUGGUUGUUGACAGUGUAGAUGGCAUACUUUGAUGGUUUAUAUUAAAGCCUUGCGUGGCAAAAAUGUCAGUGUGCCAGGUUUCCCAAAAUGUUGUCUUUUUUGUCCAAGUUAAUAUGGCUUGGAAGUGGCUUUUGGGUCCUUGAAAAGUGCUAUAUAAAAAGCAUGUAUUAAACAUGGAAUGUGUGUGGUGGAUGAGAGAAAGUCUUCUGCUCAGAACUCAGAUUAGAACUCCACACACUAUCUACCCUCCCACAUUCUCUCAACCAAAUGUAUAUGUGUGUAUAUGUCUGUAUAUGUAUAUGUGUGUGUGUGUGUCUACUGUAUGUGUGUAUGUGUUUAUCUGUUUGUGUGUAGGUGGGGACAGACAGCAGCAAAUCGAUGAAGCGCUCCUUCUCCACUAUUGGUGAUCAGUGUGUGAAUGGGCUGUGGCAGGAGGAGUACUCUCUGAAGAGGGUCAGUCCUGACCGUCUGAACAGACCACGACAGAGGAGCAUCAGAGGUAUUUUACACACAGUAACAGUCAGCCACUGAGUUUACGUGUCUCCACUAUGCCUCUGCUUGGGGUCCAUUCACUGAUCCUUUCCCCUUUCAUAGCCCCAUUGAAGAACAGUGGAAGUUCUCAGUUUCAGAUGCCCUCUGAUGAAGGCUGUAUUUACUAUACUUUGUUCCUCUUCAUAGCUCCCCUCUCUCCCCCUGCCUCUCAGGAAUCAGGUGCAACCUCAGGGAACCAGUGGAUCAUGAGCGGGGGCGCUCCAAAGAGAGACGCCACCUGCUGUCUCCUGACGUGUCCCGCUGCAACUCUGAGGAGCGGAGCCAGGACCCGUCACAGGAACGCAAGCAGUCCCGUUCCCCCAGCGAGGGACGCACACAUGUCCACCACAGACAGGUGGGUGUUCUCUCAACGGCCCUGAGCCUAUUAUUAUUCAAAUCCUGGCUUUACCUGUCAAACACUGUCCCUACUACCAUUGAAGCUUGGUUUAUGUGUGAGGUCUCUUCUCUCUGCAGGGGGACACUUCAGGCAGCCCAGGCCUGUCCAGCACCCCCCGCGGCCGGCGCCAGCUCCCCCAGACGCCAUUGCGGCCACGCCCUCACAUCUCCUACUCCCCUCUGGUGUGCCGAGCCCACCUCUCCCCCUCUGCUGUCAGCGAGGGCAGAGCCCGGACCCAGGAGGCCCCCGGAGAGACGGAGGAGUCCUCGUUGAGGGAGGAGGGGGAGAGGCCAACCCCAGUGUCAGGAGCGGGGGUGGGGGUGGUAAUAGGCGUGGGUGGCCCAGGGUUAGGGGUCAGUCACCCGCACCCCUCACCUCACCGGUACAUCUCGGAGCCGUACUUGCCCCUGCAUGAGGAGUUACACAGCCCAGACUCCUCAGGCCUUGAUGAGACUCUGACCUUCGAGGCGGCCAUUGCAACCAGUCUGGGCCGGGCCAACACCAUCAGCUCUGCCCCCCAGCUCAGACACAACUGGCAGGUCCCCAACGGACACUUCCAUAAACGCCUGGGUCAGGCCAGCUCUGUGGCCGCCUGCGAGCUCCUGAGUGACACCGACGAGGAUGACCGCUGUUAGGGCCGGGACUUGGAGAGGAAGAGGAGGAAGAUGGACAGCAAAACUGGGUAUCAGAAAGACAGGGGUCCUCAGUCUGAAGCACACUGUCAGGUCGUGUACUGAGUGUGCAUCUGUACGUGUGUGUAUCUGCACUCUUAGAAAAAAGGGUUCCAAAAGAGUUCUUCAGCUGUCCCCAUAGGAGAACCCUUUUUGGUUCCAGGUAGAACCCUUUUGGGUUCCAGGUAGAAUCCUUUUGGGUUCCAUGUAAAACCCUCUAUGGAAAGGGUUCUACAUGGAACCCAAAAGCGUUCUACCUGGAACCAAAAAUAGUUAUUUAAAGGGUUCUCCUAUGGGGACAACCGAAGAACCCUUUUAGGUUCUAGAUAGCACCUUCUUUUCUAAGAGUGUGUGUGUUUGUAGGAGUGCAAUAUGUUUGCCAAAUCAACAAGACAAGGAAGAUAUGGGGAGUGGACUUCUGGCGUACAGUGCAAAUGUUCACCAGUUGGAUUUUGAUGAAUAACAAAGUUGAAUAACUCAAGAUGUAGAGAAUGUAUCCUCACUUCUUAGACCUAUGAAACAGACUAAGUAUGUUUUAAGUACAGUGUGUAGCAGAAACAUAGCAUGUGGCACUGAAGUAUCAGGAAUGUAUUGAAAUUGUGCUAUUUUCCUCCUGUAAGAUAAGAAGGAAGUUCUCAGUUAUCAGAUCUUUGUGGAUCAUGAUGAUGAAACAGUGAUAGGUGUGUAGGGGUCUGCAACAGACAUUGGUUGUCACAGACAUUGCUUUAAAACAACUCUCCUCUCUCAUCUCACACUACGUCAAUGGGGUCUUUCUCAGGCAGUGAUGUCUACUAAAUGGUUCCAUGUCAGUCAGCCAAUGGAGAAGGUGGUGUCACAACAGGACUUACCGUAUGCACCAGCUAACUCACCGAUCAUGAGCUCUCACCUGAGAACAAAAACGGUUGUUCUCUCCAGUAGAUAUGACCAUCUACUUCAAGACGAGACAUGAGACAAACCUGUCGAGCAAGGACCUGACCUUUCCCUGAUAGAUACUGUACAUUUCCAGAGCUCUGGUGCUUUGAUCCCUCUAAAGUCAGGUGUUCCAGCAUUGACAUUCCAUGUCAAUGCUGGAAAGUCAGGUGUUCCAGCAUUGACAUUCCAUGUCAAUGCUCUAGUUGUCAUUUUCAGCAUAAAUAUGGUGGGUUCUUGUGUGCCCUUCAGUGUGUCUCUGGACAGAGGACCCUCUGCCCUGCUUUUGUCUGUCACUGUCACCUCACUGGAUUACGCAUGAUGUCCACUGUGAGGCCCUGGAUGAGGUCCAGCCCUGAACUAUAGACCCUCACUGGACAGCAGCAAAACUGGCCUCUCCUACAGAACAAUAUGGAAACAACAGACAUGGCAUGUCCAUAUCUUGGAUAGUACUGAAAAGAUAGUCUACAAAGCCAUUUUUCCUGUAAAUAGAAUCGAGUGUCUUGAGGAUGUGUUGCCUUUUAUGUAAUAAUGAAUACUAUCUGUCCUUUGAUGCAAAUUAUUUAAAUAUGGAUGUUUUUAUGGAUGAUUCCUAACUAUGAUUUAUUUUUAAGUUAACUCCGAGGUUACUCUGAACACUGACUGACUGUUUUUGCCAACAGGUUUUACAGUGCUGUAUAAAAACAGAGUUUAGCCUGAUACAGCUCUGUGUUGUAGCAACAUGAUGAUGAUAGGGACAGUGAUGGUUAUGGUGAUAGUGAUAAAAUGUGCCUGCCUGUGAGUAGGGUGACUCAGAGCAGUUGACGGAUCCAUGUGCACUCAGUGGCGUUCUCUCUCAUCAGACCCCAACAGAAUUAUGUUUACAUGUGAGUUUUGAGUCCAGCAUUUGUACAUUUCCACUUUUCAACAUCCUUUUGAACAGUGAUUGUUCCCAAAAAAAGAGCUUAUAUUAUAUCAUGUGCCGUGUUGUAAUUUGUUUUGUUGACAUGUUUCUGAAAUGUGAAUAGGACGUAUUUGGUCCAAUGUUCUGCUGGCCUAUAUGGGCCCACUGCUCUGUGAAACAUGAUGAGUUUUAUGUUGCUUCUGAAUUUCUGGUAUAGAAAAGCGUUCUGGUAUAUAUGUAGUAUAUAUAAAUAAAUACAUGUCUAAUUUAAUGGACUGUUUAUACCAUAUUUCAAUCUAGAUGCCUGUCUAUGACUUUGACAAAAAACAAUUUGCAUAUCUGUGUAAAGAACCAUUAAAAAGGAUGAAUCCUCUUCAAUUAAAUUUCAACUAAGCUGUGGUAACAAAUCGUCUUUUGAAAAUCAAUUUAUGGCUUAAUUUUUAUGCUCAGCGAAAACGUUGAAGUAUUAACACAGAAUUUUGACUCCAGCGAAAUGAGGAGAAGAGAGAUUUAUUUUUGAGCAGGUGUUUUGGUCUCAUCUUUGAUGAUUAAAUUUUUUAUUAAACCUAUAUCAUGUAUAAAUCACACAGCUCACUGCUUUAGAUGUAGCAGAUAUAUUUAUGGUGAUGUGGAGAGCUGUGUCUCUUCUCGCUUGGCUGCUUGGCUUUGUCUCGGUAUGCUAAAGAUAAACCACAUGUGGUUUGAUAUGGGCGUGUAUGUACCCACAUAACUCAGGUGAGAGUGGUUCAGUGGAGCGGUAGACAGGCAGUGGCAGAGAUCUCUACAGUGUGUGAGAGGAGAACACAGUCAUGACAACGCUGAUACAGUGAGUCAUUGUGAUUGUGUCCUCAGAUCCUCCUCACUGGUCCCCCCCCCCCCCCCCUACCGGGAUAUGAUGGGCACCAGAAGGGCACCUGGAGGGGUUGGCAUGGCAGAGACCUUGCUGCUUCUCUGGGCAGGACUAAGUCUGUUUGGGGCUCUGGGAGAGGGAGCUUCUCAGGAUGGUUCCUCACAUGGGCUGUGCCCUGUCCAACCAGGACCAGGCAGGGGAGACCUAACACCAGCCCUGGCUAAAGGUGAGUAAGGCAUCCCAGGAUAAAAGGGAUCUGGUCAUGGCAGCAAUAUAUUGUACGUAUGUUUGGUGUAUUUACAGUAAUUGAUAUUGAAGGUACUGAGAUCAUUUUUGAUACUGUGGUAAUCCCAGAAUUGUGAUAAUUUAUUUAAGAAAAUCUGUAACAAACAUGUGUUUAGUAGGAAGGUGUUGUUUUGUGUAAUGUGUUCCUUCUUCGUUACUAUAGCCAUGCCAACUUCACCAAAGCCAUAUAUCUUUAUGGUUCUGGCUUUCGCCACACAGUGCUGUCAUAGAGCCCCUUAAAAUAGGCAGAGAGUUGGUCCAUGUCAAACAUGGAGGUUGCUCUCAUGCUUGGGGUGAUUCCACCCAGACAUUCCAUACUGGCAGCAGGUGAGGCUCCAGUCUUUGAUCUCACAGAGAGGGCAGCCAAGUUCUCUCUUCUCUAGGUAGACACAGCAACCUGUUCCAAUGAUCAGCGGCUGGUAUCUCACCUUGUCCUCACAUUGGCUGGCCAAACAGAUGUGGGAGAACAUGAUCACAUCCAGCUUGUUUUUAAACUAACUGAUGAACUCUUACUUACAUCAAAGUCCUGCCCAGAUCAGUUUGUUUCAAUUCCAUAGAUUGAGGUGAUGGCUGAUGAAUUCCUAACAUUCAUUUCAAUCAAAGUUGGGUAUUUCCACAGCUAUCACAUUAUACCCUUCAGUCCCACAAUCCUGUCUCUGAGAUGCAUGUUUUGUUCGCUUUUCUAGAAGUGGAUCUGUUGGACCUCUUGGACAUGCUUUCCCCAGACCACUACAAUGUCUCUACAGCAGAGGAUGACAGGGGCUGCUUGGCCUACGAGAUCGGACAGUACGCCACUUUGUUCCUCCCCACACACACAGCGUUUGGCCCUCAGUAAGUCAUAUAGAUAAACAGCUUGUGGAAAUGAUAACCAGCAAGCUGAUGUAACGAGAAAAUCAAAUAAUAUUGAGUUUUUUUAUUUAACCUUUAUUUUGAAGUUUCAAAGCAUUGACGAAAUGCCUUAAUUUAUUGGGUAGAUGAGGAAGUUCUCUUUCGAUGAAGUGUCUUGCUCUCAAGGUUAACAUUAUGCUUUGGUGCUGAACCUGAAGUUGAAUGUUGACAUGUCAGGCACUAAAGCUGAAUUAAUUUGCCAGCGUUGUGGUAAACUUUGCAUUGGCGUGUGAAACUGGUCUGGAUGGACCCACUCGUCACAGUGCUUCUAUGUGUUUAAAGGAACAGUAUAUCACUUACCCUGUCUGAAACAUAACCUAAAUUCAACUUCACUCCACUUGGAAUGCAAAAUAGCCUUAUUUGGCUUGCUAAUUUGCGUCAGUCAUGAUUGCAUAGACAAGACUGUCAAGCGUGUGAGUGCUUGAUGAUGCAGUGGGAGCCUGACGUGUGAGACGUGUGUAUGUGUCAGGUUUUCAGAUGAGUUGAGCAUCGUGAUGAGGCUGAGGCUGGGGGGGCCGUGGAUGGAGGAGAGGAGCCUGCUAGCGGUACUGUCAGAGGAAGGGGAGGAGUUGCUACAGCUGAGACUGGGACCUGGACUACUCACCUUCAUCAGUACCUGGAGCCGCCACUACGAGUGAGACAGCACCAACAUAUACAGUACAUGUGCCAUGCACAUAUACACACAUACACGCACACAGUCACCAAGUUAUCUUUACUCAUUGUGUAUUUAUUCCUCGUGUUAUUAUCUUUCUAUUAUUUUCUCUUUAUCUCUCUGCAUUGUUGGAAAGGGCCCGUAAGUAAGCAUGUCACUGUUAGUCUACACCUGUUGUUUAUGAAACUUGUGACAAAUAAAAUGUUAUUUGAUUUCAAAUUUGAUUUGAUUAUCCUCACCGCCACGGGCUAUGGCUGAUGAUGUUGUAAUGCAUGGCAUUAGAAUGGUUGAUGUACAAUAUACUGUAUGUCUCCGAUUACAAUGUUAUGAAAGACCUUUGAGCGUAUCAUUUAUUUUGCCCUCAAGAAAAAGCUAAAUGACUAAUUCCACCUGACAUAGACACUGUAGCACAGGGGUCAGCAACAGGCAGCCAAGUAAUUUUUUGGGAGCCCCAAAGUUUUUAGUAAAAUUGCAAUGUACAAAUUAUUAGAAUUAUUUUCCAGCCCCCCGACCAUUCGCUCCAAAAAAACUCGGCCCGUGGGUGAUUCCAGUUGCCUACUCCUGCUGUAGCUCAUAGGCACAAUGUCCUCUACAGUGGAGUGGCUCUAUACCAAUUGUCUAUACUGAUCCACCACACCUCUCCCUCUGUGUCCCCCUCCUCUGGGCAGGUUCCCAGCAGGCCUCCUGUGGGAUGGAGAGUGGCACUGGCUGGCCCUGUCUGUCUCUCUGUCCAGACUGGAGGUGUAUGCUGACUGCAGCCUGCUGGAGAGUAUACCCUGGAGGAACUACCCCGGCUUGGAGGUCUCCACCCAGGGUCUCACUCUGCUGGGAGGGGCCACCCAGCCCUACCACACACCCUUUACCGUAAGCCCAUUGCUUUUCUGACCCCCGUGCUACAUUCCUCACAUCGGCCCCAGUCCUCCUCCCACCCCAGGGGAAAAGAGGGGGAUGCACCAGGGAGGAGGGUUGGCUCAAUAUGAAGUUCAAUGGCACAAACAUUUUUUUGGCUUGAUUGGACUAAUCAGUACCCACUGGGCACACACUGGUUGAAUCAAUGUUGUUUCCACGUUAUUUCAAUGAAAUUACGUUGAACCAAUGUGGAAUAGACGUUGAAUUGACGUCUGUGCCCAGUGGGUAGACAGGUCAAAUUGACCCGGUGAUCUAUGCUGAUUAAUCAUAUCUUCUGGUGGAGUUAGUCACAUUAUGUUAUUUUACUAAUUAAUUAACUUGUCUUAUUUGAACUGAUAUUGUUCUUGAUGAUUAAACAGUUUUACGAUGCAUUCAAUGCAUAAUUAGAAUUUUGUCCAUUUGAAUCAAAUGAAUAUUAUUAACAUUUGAAGCUGUUCAGAGCUUUGUUUUUGAGUUUCAUAUUGGCGCUUUGGGUAGUUCUGAGCGCUGCCUGAUAACAUAUUAAAAUCAAUGGAGAACCAUCAUCAUAUUGCAUUUGGUGGUCCUGUAUGGCUUGUCUAAGCCAACCAAGGUGUGUGUGGACACAGGCAGGCGUGUGGUGUGGAUGGUCUCUGAGUCUAGCCAUCUCAAGAGACAUCCCUCAUCCUGGUCCACGUCAGUGACAAGGUCUCCAUGGAUGACACUGCUGCUGCUGCCUCACUGAUGCCCCGCCUGUAUAAAACCUCACGUCUCCCCUCACUCUGUCCUUCCCUGCAGAUGAACAAAGCAGGACUAACACAUACCACACACACCAACAACUAGCACUCCCAUCUGAAAAUAAGUGACCAGUGCAUAUGGAAUAUACUGAUGUUUACGCGUAAGAAGUUCCCUGGUGGAUACUGAUCUGACUGUCUGGAGCUACACACUGUACAUAGGAAGUGGACCUGUCACCUUGUGAAUUUGUGUGUGGCAAUUGUCUGCUGUGGUUGAGGGCUAUUUUCCUGGUCAUUCUGUCACUGCUAUGGCCUGUGUCUGUGUCUGUGGGAGCCAGCCUAGCACUGGCCCUUCUCCAGGGAGGGGUCUGUUCUAGCACUGCACUGGGUGCUGGGUGAAGUGUGUGUGUGAGUGAGACAGGGAGACCUGUUCUUACUGCAGUCAGAGGGAUCAACCGUCUGUCAGCUCUGCAGCGAUGCACGGCCCUGCUGUGGUUCUGCUGCUACUCAGCUAUGUAAGUCCUCCUCUACUAUCAGCUCUAUGGGGUAUAUUCUGGGGUAAGGGAAGAGCAGGGGAUUGUGUUGUAUUGAAAUGUAGUUGUUAUGGAUUCUGCUUGAAUUCUGGUUCUUCUGUGCUCGAUUUUUCAUUGACAGUAGUACCUCACAUGUAAAGUAAGCAACAAGUGCUGUAAGAAUUACAAUGCAAGACUUUAGAAGGAUGAUUGGACAAGAUUGUUGUGUUUUGCUUUCUUUUGUUGUGUUAGGAAGAUUGUUCCUGGUCACAUGCAACAUAGGAUGAAGGCCCAAUACUAACAAUUUACUAAACCCUUUUGAUUGAGUUAUUUCUUUUUUAUCAGCCUUCUCCCAGUACAGCAUUGCUUGGUUCUUUUAUGGUUUUCUGUAAAUGCAACUGUUAGUAACUACUUGCCCCUGCAUCUUCAUGUGGUGGGUACGCAGUGUACAGCCUGUGACUGGAAUAUGCCCUGGAUCUGUGGAUCAAGCCUGAGGCCUUUUUACAUGUGCAUGCGAGCAGAUGAGGGACAGAGAAGAUUUUCACAUUCGCAAGACAACUCUCAUAAAUCAUUGGGUAAAAACUGGCCUCUUUGCAGUGGCAAACCCAAGACCACAGUAAUAUCUCAGUACUUUAUGUAAUAGUUGCGUAUGCAACAAGUAAUAUUAUACAGAAUGAGUGUAAUAUUAUGAUGUCUGACCCUGUCUUUGGCCUUGGCCUUGACAUUAAAGUGACAACAGGGAAAAACUGAGAGGCCUGAAUAUGAUUGAGUACUUUGUUCAGUGAAAAGUGGUAUCUCCAAGGCAACCUAAUGCAUUCGAUAGUAGAAACUUCAGUUGUUUUGGAGGUUUUUUGCAUGUAUUUCCCCAUUACUUAUUUGCUCUAUGAUUUGAAGUUUCAAUCACUGCUAUAGCUGUUUGACAUGUGAAGGCUCAGAGAGUGGUGUCCCUGACAAGGCCUCUCCUCCACAUCAAUGGGACUUGUUUUGUUUUCAGCCGUUCCCGUUGGAGACUCGGUUUACCUAAAUCACUGCCCUGGUCUAAUUAUAGACCGUUUUAGGUUUGGGAGGGAUGACAUCAUUCUGUUAACUCACCUUUUUAAAAACGUUGUCCCUAGUUUGACUGUGUUUAAUCAGAGACUGACAUAUAUGAGAACGGCCUGCGCUCUCAGAAAAAAGGGUACCAUUAGGCUACAGUAUUGAUCCCUGGGGUACAAAAAUAUCAAUAUACACAUAAUGUACCUUCAGAGGUAUACAUAUGAUCUCACAUGGUACAGUUCGGUACCUUUUAGGUACAUGUGCGGAUAAUCUAGUAUAAUGGUACAUUUUUGUAUAAUUCUUUUUUUAUAUAAAGGUACAAUCAUCACACACUCACAAAGAAAGUGAAGGUACAUUUCUGUUUCCCAGGUUGGAGGCGUGGAUUAAAAGGGGUGUAGCUUUCAGUUAGUUAUAUUUGGCCACCCGUGAGUGGAAGUGUUGUACCAGUUCAUGUGGUCUAUGGUUAUGUUAAUUAAAGUUUGAGCAUGUCUGCUGCCAGUUCUGAAGUCUUUAUAAACUCUUACAUAAGAGCAUGCGACAAUAAAGAGCUGUAAUUAAUAUGGUACAGUGGGGAAAAAAAGUAUUUAGUCAGCCACCAAUUGUGCAAGUUCUCCCACUUAAAAAGAUGAGAGAGGCCUGUAAUUUUCAUCAUAGGUACACGUCAACUAUGACAGACAAAAUGAGAUUUUUUUUUCAGAAAAUCACAUUGUAGGAUUUUUUAUGAAUUUAUUUGCAAAUUAUGGUGGAAAAUAAGUAUUUGGUCAAUAACAAAAGUUUCUCAAUACUUUGUUAUAUACCCUUUGUUGGCAAUGAAACAGGUCAAACGUUUUCUAUAAGUCUUCACAAGGUUUUCACACACUGUUGCUGGUAUUUUGGCCCAUUCCUCCAUGCAGAUCUCCUCUAGAGCAGUGAUGUUUUGGGGCUGUCGCUGGGCAACACGGACUUUCAACUCCCUCCAAAGAUUUUCUAUGGGGUUGAGAUCUGGAGACUGGCUAGGCCACUCCAUGACCUUGAAAUGCUUCUUACGAAGCCACUCCUUCGUUGCCCGGGCAGUGUGUUUGGGAUCAUUGUCAUGCUGAAAGACCCAGCCACGUUUCAUCUUCAAUGCCCUUGGUGAUGGAAGGAGGUUUUCACUCAAAAUCUCACGAUACAUGGCCCCAUUCAUUCUUUCCUUUACACAGAUCAGUCGUCCUGGUCCCUUUGCAGAAAAACAGCCCCAAAGCAUGAUGUUUCCACCCCCAUGCUUCACAGUAGGUAUGGUGUUCUUUGGAUGCAACUCAGCAUUCUUUGUCCUCCAAACACGACGAGUUGAGUUUUUACCAAAAAGUUAUAUUUUGGUUUCAUCUGACCAUAUGACAUUCUCCCAAUCCUCUUCUGGAUCAUCCAAAUGCACUCUAGCAAACUUCAGAUGGGCCUGGACAUGUACUGGCUUAAGCAGGGGGACACGUCUGGCACUGCAGGAUUUGAGUCCCUGGCGGCGUAGUGUGUUGCUGAUGGUAGGCUUUGUUACUUUGGUCCCAGCUCUCUGCAGGUCAUUCACUAGGUCCCCCUGUGUGGUUCUGGGAUUUUUGCUCACCGUUCUUGUGAUCAUUUUGACCCCACGGGGUGAGAUCUUGCGUGGAGCCCCAGAUCGAGGGAGAUUAUCAGUGGUCUUGUAUGUCUUCCAUUUCCUAAUAAUUGCUCCCACAGUUGAUUUCUUCAAACCAAGCUGCUUACCUAUUGCAGAUUCAGUCUUCCCAGCCUGGUGCAGGUCUACAAUUUUGUUUCUGGUGUCCUUUGACAGCUCUUUGGUCUUGGCCAUAGUGGAGUUUGGAGUGUGACUGUUUGAGGUUGUGGACAGGUGUCUUUUAUACUGAUAACAAGUUCAAACAGGUGCCAUUAAUACAGGUAAUGAGUGGAGGACAGAGGAGCCUCUUAAAGAAGAAGUUACAGGUCUGUGAGAGCCAGAAAUCUUGCUUGUUUGUAGGUGACCAAAUACUUAUUUUCCACCAUAAUUUGCAAAUAAAUUCAUUAAAAAUCCUACAAUGUGAUUUUCUGGAUUUUUUUUCCUCAAUUUGUCUGUCAUAGUUGACAUGUACCUAUGAUGAAAAUUACAGGCCUCUCUCAUCUUUUUAAGUGGGAGAACUUGCACAAUUGGUGGCUGACUAAAUACUUUUUUCCCCCACUGUAGCAACCUUAACACAACACUGAGCGGCCUUGUCUAGAGGUGCAGACCUCUUGGCGUAAUGGUUAAGGUGUUGACAAUCGCUGGACCCAGGUUCGAGUCCUGGUUGGGGCUACCCCUCCAAUUCGCUACAUUGUUAUCAAAAGUGGGAUGGUGGAGAGGUGUGUAUACGUGAGGGACCUGAUACAGAGAAGAGGUACAUUUUUGCCACUUAAAAGGAACAAACGGCUUUGUCACUGUGGUGGUACCCUAAAAAGCCAAACGUGUACCUUUUCUGAAAGUACGGUUUUGUACCUGUGGUACACUAUUGGCUCCUUUUAAGGUACAAUCUGCAAGGGUACAACUAUGUACCUAUAAGUAAUGGUACAAUGGACGUACCUUACAGGGUACCACUACAGUGACAAGCAUUUGUACCCCUUUAAGUACAAUUCAGUGCCUUUUUUUCUGAGUGUGGGAUGGGAUGGAGCCUGUCUGAGCAAGGCAAACAUGUGACUAGUGAAAGCUGCCACAGUUUCAUGGCGAGGCUCUACUUCCCAGCUGCCUGACAGUCGGCCUCUUACACAGGGUCACAGUGCCCAGGCAUCGGGGUCAAUGCUACUUGACCCUAGGUGGACCCAUGGAAUAACACUGUCAUUGUAUGACAUCCUCAAACAAAGACCGCCAGUCUGACCGCAGUGUCAACACUGUCUGAGACCUGUCCUGUCCUCCCUGGCUAGGUCAUUGAUCCAAAAGUUCUCACUCAACUUUGUUUGAAUACAUGCCACGAUGUGAUUGAUGAGGGAGUAAGGUUGUCUGUUAUCUGCUCAGAUAAAAAAGAUAGGACAGCUAAAAGCUUCUUUUUUUUCAAAUGAACACAUAAUUUAAUAAGGUAGACUUAAUUUAUUGAUCAUAUCAAAUGUUUUAUGUUUAAUGAUGCAAAUAUUAUCAUUCCCAAGUUAUCUUGGUUCAGGAAUUGAGCUGCUUGGAUUGCUGUUUUUGCCUGUUAUUUUUGUAUUUUGGGUAAUAUUAUUCAUACCAAUUGAUUUCCCUUAUUGAGAAGAUUACAUUUAGAAAUUGACUUUUUAUUGAGUAGCGAUAGCUUCAUGGGCCAUAGAUUUUGCCCAAAACUCUCAUGCACUCCCUCUACUGUAUAGAUGAUUUUCCAUCUGUUGUUUUAUGGCCAAGCAUUUCCCAUCCUCAUCAUUGUUUGUGUCACAAGGGACACCAAUAGAUCUCUACAUUGGGAUCAAUAGACAAUGUGAAUACAUUAUUUUUGCAAAGACAUGAAUGACAGCUUUCAAAUUAUAUGAAAAAAUAUUACACAGACAAAUAUGAGCUACAAAGUAUUGCUCCAAUGCUGAUGAUUUGAAAAAGGCAUUGAUAGCAUGUUUUAUUGUUUGGUUGAUCCAUGUCCAGGGCACCAUACAACAGAUGACCUUCAUAAUGGGUGAUCCUACAGCAGCCAGACAGCACUGUCAAGGCUACAACACCUGCAUCCCUCACACAGACAAACAGGUAUGGUCCACAAAGGUCUAUAGCAGGUGUAGGGCUUAAAUUGACAACCAAUAAUGCUAUAUGUGACUGAUAAAAAUAAUGUUUUGUUUGUGUGGCACUAAUGCUUGGAAUUUUAACUGCGCCACAAUUCCAUGUCUGUCUGUUGGUUGGCUCCAUCGGGUCAUGAAAACAGUCUGCGUGAGAGUGCAAGGUUUAUGAGAGAAUAAAAUCUGAUUUGUUUUGGACCCAAACUAGACAAUCUGGACCAUAACUGUUCCUCCGCAGCUUGUGUGAUCUCUCUGGGAAAAAAUGUAUUUGAGGGCGUUCUUCUUUUAAGUCCCUUUCAAAUUGAAGCGUACUCCAAGCACACUCUUUUCUUUACAGGCAUAUAACAAUCCUGAUUAGAUUCUUAUUUUUAAGAUGAAUAUGAGAAUUAACAUCUUAUAUUUGUUUUUAUUUCAACUUAUUUUCCAGGAGCAAGUGGUUUCAGCUGCUGAGAAGGUGCUUGCUCAAGUUGCGACCAGGGCAUCAUUCAGAGAAGAAGAUUCCUCAGGGAGGGAGUCUCAUGGACCCAGGCUGAGAGAUCAGAGUGCAGAACAGGACACAGCCAAGAGCACUAACCUAUCAGCACAGUCAUUUCCAUCAGUAAGAGCUCAGUCAGAGCCAGAGACACAGAGAAAGACAAGGAUAACACCUGAAACAGACAAGUCAAAGAUCACUCAUAAGACAGGAUGGCUGAAUGAAACUUCCACACUGCAGGAUGAUAAAGUAGCAAAGAUCACUAGAAAUAGUACUAUAGUAAAAUAUGUAGGGCUUGAUACUGGCACAGUAGCAGAGUCCCCCCUAUCCGCUCCUGAUAGGCCAUCCGAGAGUGACAGAUCCAGUGAACUGGCUGCCUCCUCUGAACCCAUUUCAUCUAUCAAAAUAAAGGAGCCACAGGGUCCAGGAGGCGUCAGAAACAGAACAGUAUCUUCACAAACCUCUGGACCUCUUCAUCGGCCAAACCAAACCAAUACAGCCAGAGAUGUCUCUGGGAUGAAAGGUGUAGUAGUACCGUCUCAGACAGUGGAGACAGCCAUUCUCAGUCCCACUGCAUGGUCAGAAAACCCCACUGAACCAGCCCUGCUGAUCCAGGAGUCAGACAGGGAUGGAGAAUCAAUAGGCUCAGGGAGAAAAGCAUCAGUUAGGUUAGAUGAUUUACAGAUCCCACCUGAAUCCAAACAGGCCUUUGGACCUACAAGACCAACAGGGUCCUUAGAACCCACCAUACAACCCAACCUUGAAUUCAAGAAAAUAGAUGCGGAGGAGCUACUGAGGCAGGCUGUGAUUCCUCUACCUCCAGUGCUACCUCCAGAGAAUAGCACUGUCACAUGGAGAAAGACUGUCCCAGAGGCUCCUCUGCCUAACAGUGUGGCUACAGGAGCAGAGGUGCCCUUGGAGAAACCUGAGGGAGCAACACCUCAAAAUACCACUGAUAUCACUUCCACAUCAACAGGUGACAAAGCUUCAAACAAGAAACAAAAGGGCAGAAAGACUGUGACAAAGACUUUGACAGAUGCUGGACAAGUCAUGGAGAAGGGGGAUAACGUUUUAUCCCAGGAGCCACCCGCAGAGGAUCUAGAGACCAACACAAAAACAAAGACAGAGUCAGAGUCAGCAGAAGAGAUGGAUACAGAAACAGAAAUGGAAGAAGUUGAUGAGGACAAUGAUAAGAAAUCAGAGACAGAGGAAACAGAUGUAGGCGACAGCAAGUUGGCACACAACAUCACUCAAGUCAACACAAGGCAGUUCAAAAAGAAUGGGGGAGCCGUCAAAAUUGAUGUCCUAACUGAGCUCAUGUCCCCGGAGCCGAGAGGAUCAGAGUGGGAACUGCCCCCUACCCCUCUACCUCCUGCCAGUGUGCCAGGUAAAGUACACAGCAUGUGUCCUUUGACACAGUACCCUCAUAGCAUGCACCCCUCAGACUCUCUGUGGCCCGAGUUUUACUUCUGUUUCCUCAGAGACACUGAGCAGAGAGGUCAAAGGGUCAUCGCCAUGGCAGCAGGGGCGAGACCUCAACCUCUGACACAGGGUCUGUCUCUGAAAGCUCAGAGGAUACUCUACGAGUCCAGGAUGAACAACCUGUCCGUUCCUGUCAUUUCAGCCAAUCACCAACCAAGACACACACUCAGAGAGCAAGGGACAGCCAAUAAACCGGGUCUUCGAAUGCAACAGGUAUAAAGUUCCACUCAUACUCACAGAGAUGCACAUUUUACAUUUUACAUUUUAGUCAUUUAGCAGACGCUCUUAUCCAGAGCGACUUACAGUUAGUGAGUGCAUACAUUUUUCAUAAUUUUUUUUCAUUUUUCACAUCACACUAAAGCAGAGGCAUGAACACUUUAACUGGCUAAAGAAAAGAUUUGUGAUGGUUUUUAUAGCAUAUUUUGGGGGGGUAUCGACACACAUUUGAGCAUUACUUUGGAGCACAUUUGAGCAUAUUUUCCUGUAUAUCUCUUCUAAUUCUGUUUGAAUGAGCAGAGAAACAUUUAACAUGCACACAUGUAUCCUUGAACAUACAAACACCAUUAUUUGCAUAUUGUUCAAGAACAUCCUCCAAGCAAUGAGACUAUGGUGUUAUGAAGGGACAUGCAUUCUCAGCGCUCUGGUCUACAGUCAGGCUGCAUAGCUGUCUGAAGACCUUCAAACGAAAUUGAGUUUGCAUUGAGCUUAUUGAAUUAAGCCUAGGGUGGUGGAGGAAUGGGGUCAUUUAAGUGUACUAGCAUGGCCCUACAGAUGGGAUUUGGUCCAUUAUGCGGCAUAUAUAUAGAAAUUACCCAUAUUGAAAGAGGGUGGGGAUGCUGUUGAUCGAUCAGUGUGGCCUGUGGGAGUCUUUUGCCAAAAAAUGUAAGCUAGACACACAUGCCUCCUCCAGUGGUAGGUUUUGGAAUUGCAGCAUCUAAGCACUUGUCAAUACCAGUACAUUAGCAGUGGGCAUGCAGUCCUUGCAAACAACUUUAAUAGUAAUGGAAUUAAAUUAUUCAUUGUAAUUGAUUAACAAAAGCAGAACAAUAUUAUAUUAUUUUAUUUUAAAACCAAAUAGUAUUUUCUAUGCAAACCCAAAUAACAGUUUUACUUCUUGUAUCAAGACGUCAUACAUGAAAACAGACACUAAUGGAAAUGGAUUGUUUUAUCUGUUUUCCCAGGGACUUCAGGGCCCACCUGGUUUGACAGGGCCACCUGGACCAAAAGGGGAUAAAGUAUAUGUUAACUUUUUAACACAAUAUCUACUGAAUCUAAACUAUUCAUAGUGACACAUACAGUGAGGGAAAAAAGUAUUUGAUCCCCUGCUGAUUUUGUACGUUUGCCCACUGACAAAGACAUGAUCAGUUUAUAAUUUUAAUGGUAGGUUUAUUUGAACAGUGAGAGACAGAAUAACAACAAAAAAAUCCAGAAAAACGCAUGUAAAAAAUGUUAUAAAUUGAUUUCCAUUUUAAUGAGGGAAAUAAGUAUUUGACCCCUCUGCAAAACAUGACUUAGUACUUGGUGGCAAAACCCUUGUUGGCAAGGGACGUUUCUUGUAGUUGGCCACCAGGUUUGCACACAUCUCAGGAUGGAUUUUUGUUCCACUCCUCUUUGCAGAUCUUCUCCAAGUCAUUAAGGUUUUGAGGCUGAUGUUUGGCAACUCGAACCUUCAGCUCCCUCCACAGAUUUUCUAUGGGAUUAAGGUCUGGAGACUGUCUAGGCCACUCCAGGACCUUAAUGUGCUUCUUCUUGAGCCACUACUUUGUUGCCUUGGCCGUGUGUUUUGGGUCAUUGUCAUGCUGGAAUACCCAUCCACGACCCAUUUUCAAUGCCCUGGCUGAGGGAAGGAGGUUCUCACCCAAGAUUUGACGGUACAUGGCCCCGUCCAUCGUCCCUUUGAUGCGGUGAAGUUGUCCUGUCCCCUUAGCAGAAAAACACCCCCAAAGCAUAAUGUUUCCACCUCCAUGUUUGACGGUGGAGAUGGUGUUCUUGGGGUCAUAGGCAGCAUUCCUCCUCCUCCAAACACGGCGAGUUGAGUUGAUGCCAAAGAGCUCGAUUUUGGUCUCAACUGACCACAACACUUUCACCCAGUUCUCCUCUGAAUCAUUCGGAUGUUAAUUGGUAAACUUCAGACGGGCCUGUAUAUGUGCUUUCUUGAGCAGGGCGACCUUGCGGGCGCUGCAGGAUUUCAGUCCUUCACGGCGUAGUGUGUUACCAAUUGUUUUCUUGGUGACUAUGGUCCCAGCUGCCUUGAGAUCAUUGACAAGAUCCUCCCGUGUAGUUCUGGGCUGAUUCCUCACCGUUCUCAUGAUCAUUGCAACUCCACGAGGUGAGAUCUUGCAUGGAGCCCCAGGCCGAGGGAGUUUGACAGUUAUUUUGUGUUUCUUCCAUUUGCGAAUAAUCGCACCAACUGUUGUCACCUUCUCACCAAGCUGCUUGGCGAUGGUCUUGUAGCCCAUUCCAGCCUUGUGUAGGUCUACAAUCUUGUCCCUGACAUCCUUGGAGAACUCUUUGGUCUUGGCCAUGGUGGAGAGUUUGGAAUCUGAUUGAUUGAUUGCUUCUGUGGACAGGUGUCUUUUAUACAGGUAACAAACUGAGAUUAGGAGCACUCCCUUUAAGAGUGUUCUCCUAAUCUCAGCUCAUUACCUGUAUAAAAUACACCUGGGAGCCAGAAAUCUUUCUGAUUGAGAGGGGGUCAAAUACUUAUUUCCCACAUUAAAAUGCAAAUCAAUUUAUGACAUUUUUGACAUGCGUUUUUCUGGAUUUUGUUGUUGUUCUUCUGUCUCUCACUGUUCAAAUAAACCUACCAUUAAAAUGAUAGACUGAUCAUUUCUUUGUCAGUGGGCAAACGUACAAAAUCAGCAGGGGAUCAAAUACUUUUUUCCCUCACUGUAUGAUAAUUCUGUUGCCCAGUAUUAUUGGGUACUCAGUAUUAUUUCUAGAUUGUGCUCUGCGGAUUCCUAUUGACAUGUAGGUGUGCAUGCAGAUGUUUCCAUAUUGUGGAAGUCCAUAAAACACUUCAGUUUGUAUUGUCUCCUGACAGGGCUAUGCUGGCGGAAUGGGCCGGACUGGACGCACAGGUUACCGAGGCCCCAUUGGUCCACCAGGGAUGCCCGCCAUCGUAGUGUUCAAGAGCUCAGAGGAAGAGUGGGAGGCCUUCAAGGUGCUUUUAUACUGUGUUUCAUAGUACACGACAAAGGCUCUGUCAAUGUGUUCUUGUUUGGUUGAGUGAUUAUAAAUGUGAUUAUAUUUCAGCAUAAAACCAUUGAUUAUUGAACCAUUGAUACCCAGACCUUUGAUUUCUUAUUUCUUCUUUAAAAGUUGUGUGUACUGUUUUUAUGCAGAAAAAGAAAUUCUACAAAAAGCUUGUUGCAACUUGGCCGGUAGGUGAUCUCAGCUCUAUAUCAGUAGUUUCUAGACAGAAACAACUAGAAGGAUAUGCCCUUUAGGCGGUAGUAUAGUGGCCAAACCUUCUGUAUACCAUAGGAGUUUAAAUCACAGUUUAUUGUCAAUGCAGCAUAUCAAGUAAACUGUAUUCCAUCAUAUCAAAAGGAAUAUCAUUUUCUAUUUUGAAAUGAUUGCACAGUCUAUGUACUGUAUGUCAAUUAGAGCUUUGGUUGUUUAUCCUCAGAGAUUGAAGGGCCCUCCAGGGCCUCUUGGCCCCCCUGGGGAUGCUGGACCUCCUGUGAGUAAACGUAUAACUGUAUACUGUAUAUCAUUAUCCCAACAUUGCUCAUUAUUAGACUCUACUGAUUGACACAUCACACUCAUAAUGCUUGUUCACUGACAGCAGAGAUUGUUUGUGUUCCAGGGACCCCCGGGAAUUCCUGGAAAACAAGGACGAAAAGGAGAUGGAGGGAAAAUCGUAGGUAUCUCUGUUUUAUCUGAAUUUGAUCAGAAUCUACACCGAGGCAUAACUUGUUUUGCCUGUGAGUUGAAACUCAGUCGAUGAUAUGUGGACCCAUGAGUGGAAAUCGAUUUAUAUGCAUGUGUGAUCACCCAAAUAAAUUACUGAUUCAUUCCAAUUGGCAGUUCCAACUGUGAGAACACAGGAUAAGUAUAUGUUAAGCGUGUCCAUACGGUAUGCUGAAUGUAGCUGUUAACUACAAUUACUUAAACUCAGAGAUCUAAAAACAGAGCAGUGAGGUGAAGCUAACCCAUCUGCUGUUUCUAUUCUCCCUCCUCUGCUAUCACAGAAUGUUAACAACCCUGAAAUAGGAUCACAGGAUGCUGUUAGAUGAGUCAGAUGACUGCUUCCACACUCCACAGUAUCAUAGCAACACCCACUUCAGGCAACAGGUCAACGCUGUGCUCUCAUUAGCAUUCAUUGGAGAUCUGAGCCCAAAAGCUACAUGCUGCUUUUGCUUUCAGCACUUCUGUUUGUGAAGCAGCAGCACUUUCAUGGAUAUGAGAAUUUCCAGUGAGUGCCCAGAGCGUCAUUAAUAUAAGUGUUAACAGCACAUUAGCGCUUGAGCUUUUUUUCAAUGAUCAUGCAUCUGAAAUGCAUCACCGCUAAGUGUUGCUCUUUUUGCCCUGGCACACUGCUACUGCGGUGAUGCCCAGUAAUGCAAGGCUGCCCCAGACAGACGGUGUCAAUAGUGGCGCCACACAAUUGCAGCAGACUGGGCAAGCUGUCCACAUCUGAUUGCCAGUGAACCCAGCUGACACACCGAAGGAACCACUUUCACCACAGUGUUACUUCAGCUAUGACACAGAAAGCGCAGAAAGCUGUUGUUCUGAUUGUACACAGCACCACUAUUGGGGUUUUGAUCAUUAUCUGCUAGUCUUGUGUAGCCAGACGAGACGCUGUACCCUCACAUUUGUUCUGCAUCCUGGCUAGAAGCUACUUGUCUGCUAACCAAUGAGGAGAAGUUUUACAUUUCCAAGGGCCAGCAUUGUGGUGAAUUGCCACACACUGAAGUCUAUACUGGCCAUUGAUGGAAUGAACUACUAUACAAUUUAAUUUUAAAAAUUGGGUGGGUCGCUUUCAGUCUUGAAUUGGACCUCUCAUGGCCCUUGGGCUGCAUGUUGUCUGCCAUUAUCAUUGGCUAUAGGUUUGAGCACACUGAGAGCCUGAGACUGAAUUCCCCAUCUUAUGCCAUCCGUGUCUGUAUUCCAGGGGGGUUCUGGACCACCAGGGAUGCCCGGGCCUCCAGGAAGACCUGGGAGUGAUGGGAUUGAUGGUAUAAAUUCUGAUGAUGGCCCUGCAGGACCACCUGGGGAACAGGUAGAACACAUUGUACAAAGGCUGAAGAGUUUUCAUGUGUUAUACAUCAAUAGAGACUGUUCCAGUGUCAGUGUUGUUGACAGAGCUCUCUACUUGUACUAACAGGGUCUCCAGGGUUACAGAGGAGAGAAGGGCAGCAAAGGGGAGCUGGGUGAGUGGGUAAGAAUGGCUAGGACUUCUAACGUUGUGUAGAAUAUAUCUUAGUUUGACCAAUAGAAACACAUUAGAUAUCAGUGGACAGAUGACAGAAACUCAUCAAAGUAAAUGUUUUAAGCAGGGCAAACUUAUUACUGUACUCUGACCAUGAAGGUUUCAUCGUGACUGGAAAUUUCAGCAGUGCCAGCUGCAGUAUAUGCCGGCAUGCUUUCCACCGAUUGGUUGUGCAAUAAAUUCCUGCAAGGCCCAAUGAAGAAAUGUGAUGUAGGCUAGACUUUCCAAUAAGUCUUGCCACCGAUUCUUUGUAACAGUAAUUCUGUGUAUUGUUAAGGGUUAUGAAGGGGAACCAGGACCCCAGGGAAACAGAGGGCGGAAAGGAGACAAGGUCAGACUGAGUGUCUUGUUUUCAUGGAACUAAAUGUUCUCACACUUGAGUCUUUUAUAUCACUGGUUCCGGAGCUCUGCUGUGAAUGCUAAUUUUCAUUCCAACUAAUCCCAGAUUGAAAUGGGUUCAGUUUCAAUUCAGUGAGCAACCCAAUCACACAUUGAGGGAUUCAUUUGAAGUUCAUAAUGGGUUUCAACAUUAAUCCUAACUUGUGUCUUUGCUGUUGUCAGGGGAAUAAAGGAAACCGAGGCCUCAUUGGGAUCACUGGAUAUAUAGUGAGUAAUACCUACAUUUGAAUAUUGCUAUUUCAUCAGAUACUGUUUGAUACUGAACCCUCAUGUUAAGUAUGAACAUGUUGAAGUAUGUUGAGUGUUUAAGUGGUUCCUUUCAUGCUGUGUAGGGAAUACCUGGAGCCAGAGGACAACUGGGCUUCCCAGGAGCAUCUGGACCUCCUGUGAGUCUCAUGGCUCUCUGUGUAUUAAAACAGUUACAACAGUUAUUAUCAACCUUUUCCCCAAACUGAUUUACCUGUCUUCUGAAAAAUGUCUGCACUGUCUUGAGAGAGUCUUUUCUGUUAUUAAGGGAGACAUUGGUGGCAUUGGUUUUGUUGGAUCGCCGGGCCCACCUGUAAGUUAUUCUGCUUCACUCUCAAUUGGAUCAUGCUCUGAAAUGAAAGUCAACCAAGUCACCCAAGCUGCUUAUAUGAACCUAUUAAUCUCCUUUUCAGGGCAAAAUGGGGCCAAGAGGGCCAAAAGGGGUACCAGGAGUCAAUGGACCACCAGUAAGGACACAUUUGAGCAUGAUAUUGUAGGUAUUGAGCCACGUUUCAACAGCCCUGUCUAAUCUCUCUGUCUGUCAUUAGGGCCAACCAGGUGAGCUAGGCCUAAGGGGACCACUCAGGCCUCAGGUGAGAAUUCAUCUUCCUGAAUUGAAAGCUGAAUUGACCUGAUAUUUACAUCCAGGUAAAUGUACUUGUCCACAAUUCAUAUUAUUGUGUCUCAUUCCAGGGAGAGCCAGGUCCUGAUGGGAUUGUUGGAUUCCCUGGUGUUCGUGGACCUCAGGUAGAAUCAUAUCGUUUUUUCGCACUCUCAUUGAUUUGAUCAUGCUACAUUUACUCACAAGAGAAUAUGCACAAUAAAUACAUCUGUGCCAGUGAUCAUAGACCAUCUGAAAAUCAUUGUAGAUUAUCAAGUCACAUUUAUUAGCUGGAUUUCCAAUGAAUGUAGAGGAUCAAUAGGUUUUGAAUGUGUCCACAGGGCAAAACAGGUGCAGAUGGGCCUACAGGUCCGAAAGGGGAUCCUGUGAGUAUCAAUCAAUCAUGAAUAAUUUAUUUUAAAAGCAUUUAUGAUGAAUAUUUCCAUUAAUUUAACUUUUAUUCUACAAUCUUACGCAAUCCUUCAUGUUUUUAAACAGGGGGACGCAGGUGAUGAGGGGGAAAUAGGAGAACCAGGACUCCCUGGGAUUAACGUAAGCACACAUUAAUGUACACGUAAGAUGUGAAUACUGAUAGCAAUGUAUUUUAUAAAAAACAAUUAUACUGUAAAAGUAAUUCAUAAACUUGGCCUCUGUUUUUUCCCUCUUAUCAGGGAGCCAAUGGCAAACCAGGAAAAACUGGACCCUCAGGUGACCCAGUAAGAUUACUUAAAGCAAUUUCUUUAUUUUGUGUUGAGUUGAUAUCUAAGUCUUAAGUAUUUAAAAGUAAUUAUGUUAACACUAUAAGGACAUGUACUUUUGUCCUACAAAGUAACAAUUCCAUGAUACAGUACUUCAUUAGUCGUUUCUUUCUGUCCCUGUACUUUUACUUACUCUGAAAAAGUUCUGUGCGGGUUUUCUUACUAAUUCAUAUUCCCAUUCAUAUCCAACCGUCUAGCUAACCAUGUAGCUGUCUUUGUUUGUCUGUCUGUCCAUGUUCACCUUCAUCCUGUAGGGGAUCAAAGCAUCUAAGAGAGGUGACAAGGGUGAUCCAGGAUUUAAAGGGGACCAGGUGAGUGGACAUUAUGCACAUGGCUAACAUUACUACAUAUACAGUGAGGGAAAAAAGAAUUUGAUCCCCUGCUGAUUUUGUACGUUUGCCCACUGACAAAGACAUGAUCAGUCUAUAAUUUUAAUGGUAGGUUUAUUUGAACAGUGUGAGACAGAAUAACAACAAAAAAAUCCAGAAAAUGCAUGUCAAAAAUGUUAUAAAUUGAUUUGCAUUUUAAUGAGGGAAAUAAAUAUUUGACCCCUCUGCAAAACAUGACUUAGUACUUGGUGGCAAAACCCUUGUUGGCAAUCACAGAGGUCAGAUGUUUCUUGUAGUUGGCCACCAGGUUUGCACACAUCUCAGGAGGGAUUUUGUUCCACUCCUCUUUGCAGAUCUUCUCCAAGUCAUUAAGGUUUCGAGGCUGACGUUUGGCAACUCGAACCUUCAGCUCCCUCCACAGAUUUUCUAUGGGAUUAAGGUCUGGAGACUGGCAAGGCCACUCCAGGACCUUAAUGUGCUUCUUCUUGAGCCACUCCUUUGUUGCCUUGGCCGUGUGUUUUGGGUCAUUGUCAUGUUGGAAUACCCAUCCACGACCCAUUUUCAAUGCCCUGGCUGAGGGAAGGAGGUUCUCACCCAAGAUUUGACGGUACAUGGCCCCGUCCAUCGUCCCUUUGAUGCGGUGAAGUUGCCCUGUCCCCUUAGCAGAAAAACACCCCCAAAGCAUAAUGUUUCCACCUCCAUGUUUGACGUGGGGAUGAUGUUCUUGGGGUCAUAGGCAGCAUUCCUACUCCUCAAAACACGGCGAGUUGGUUGAUGCCAAAGAGCUCGAUUUUGGUCUCAUCUGACCACAACACUUUCACCCAGUUCUCCUCUGAAUCAUUCAGAUGUUCAUUGGCAAACUUCAGACGGCCCUGUAUAUGUGCUUUCUUGAGCAGGGGGACCUUGCGGGCGCUGCAGGAUUUCAGUCCUUCACGGCGUAGUGUGUUACCAAUUGUUUUCUUGGUGACUAUGGUCCCAGCUGCCUUGAGAUCAUUGACAAGAUCCUCCCAUGGAGUUCUGGGCUGAUUCCUCACUGUUCUCAUGAUCAUUGCAACUCCACGAGGUGAGAUCUUGCAUGGAGCCCCAGGCCGAGGGAGAUUGACAGUUCUUUUGUGUUUCUUCCAUUUGCGAAUAAUCGCACCAACUGUUGUCACCUUCUCACCAAGCUGCUUGGCGAUGGUCUUGUAGCCCAUUCCAGCCUUGUGUAGGUCUACAAUCUUGUCCCUGACAUCCUUGGAGAGCUCUUUGGUCUUGGCCAUGGUGGAGAGUUUGGAAUCUGAUUGAUUGAUUGCUUCUGUGGACAGGUGUCUUUUAUACAGGUAACAAGCUGAGAUUAGGAGCACUCCCUUUAAGAGUGUGCUCCUAAUCUCAGCUCGUUACCUGUAUAAAAGAUACCUGGGAGCAAGAAAUCUUUCAGAUUGAGAGGAGGUCAAAUACUUAUUUCCCUCAUUAAAAUGCAAAUCAAUUUAUAACAUUUCUGACAUGCGUUUUUCUGGAUUUUUUAGUUGUUAUUCUGUCUCUCACUGUUCAAAUAAACCUACCAUUAAAAUUAUAGACUGAUCAUUUCUUUGUCAGUGGGCAAACGUACACAAUCAGCAGGGGAUCAAAUACUUUUUUACCUCACUGUACAAGUUGCUUCAAUUUAUGGGACCCUACUCUUCUGUCAGACAUGACAGUUCUGUUUAUUUGCUUGCAUCUGUUAGCAAUUGACCUCCUUCAAUCCCCUCACUGUGUAUUCAUUUACUUGUCCUCCCUGAUGGGCAGGGUCGACCCGGGCCUCCAGGUAAAAGAGGCUUCAAAGGCAGAGGAGGAUCAUCAGGGCUGCUAGGUAAUGUUGGACCAGUGGGGCCUCCUGGAUUUCCUGGAACCACAGUAAGUAGAACCUCUUUAAUCUGGUCACUGCACAGUACUGCAAUGGGAUGGAAUAUCAUUACACCUGUUAAGAUCACUAUAUCCUGAUGCAAUGGUACUUUACCUAUCUGUUUCUUCAGGGUUAUGAUGGAAUCAUUGGGGAGAAUGGGAAGCAGGGAAAAGAUGGGCCAAAGGUAUGAGCAGUCUGGAGGUGGAGCUAGCAUACCUUGUACAGUACUUAUCCAGAUUGACUAUUGUAUUUUAAACAUCAGGCCAUCUGUCUUUGCAGGGUGACAGAGGUCCUACCGGUGGGCCAGGCGUUGUUGGACCUAGAGGCGAUAAGGUACUAGAAGAGCUUGCAAUUUCUGUAGCUAUCUGCCACUUAUCAUUCUUGUAACAUUGUUUUGAUCUCAAUAAUGCAUACCAAUCCAGUGGGAGAUGUACUGAUGCUGUUGUUUGUUGGUUUCUCAGGGGCGAGAAGGUCGAGUGGGAUUUGCCGGUUUGCCAGGGCCUUUUGUAAGUGGAAAUAGCAUGUCUUCAUUAACGAGACAAUUCAGUAUGAUCAAGGUCAAGGAAUUAUUGACCUUCAUCCAUCAUACAGUGGUGAAAUACUAUUUUUACCUUGUUUCAAGUAAACAUGAUCACAGAUUUCUGAUUUUAGAUGUGACUACCACUGUGGCUUUACUGUGGCUCGAUGUGUCUGUCCUGUCCACAGGGAGUGAUGGGGAAGUCAGGAGAGAAAGGAGCUGAAGGAGAACCCGGUAUUAAGGUUCCUAUGUACCUACACUUCUUAUUCUGUCUAUACAGCUUCCUGCCAUCGUUAGUAGAGAAAAAUGCCCUCACACCAGAGAUAUGUACACCAGACCAUUGAAGAACAGAUCUGAUAAUAUAACAUAGUAUAUAUUGAGACCGUCAGUAUGUUUGAGGUCUUGUUUUCAUCUGACACUUGGAUUUGAAUCACACAGGGGAGGACGGGAAUUCCAGGAGUCACUGGACUGAAAGGGCUGAAGGUAAAACUACUAUUUUGUGCCAUUUUAUUUCAGGAUACAGUUAUUUUCACUCCUUGCCACACCUGCACAUGCACAUAUUACUACUAGGGGGCCAGAGUUCAGAAAAGUGUAAAGGAAGAGAACAUGAAAACAGAACAACUGUCUUUCUCCACUCAGGGACUUCAAGGCUAUCUAGGAGGUAGGGGACUGGAUGGAACACAUGGAGCCCCGGUAAGAUCCCAUUGUACUGUAUGUGUCCUGUGCCAGAGAUGGUCCUGUGUCUAAUACACUCAGAGGUUUGGUUUGACCAUGAUCCCUGUCCUCUAGGGACCCAUCGGAGGAACUGCAUCUGACGGGGAUACUGGACCAACUGGACUAAGGGUAGGUAUUCUACAACUUAAAUGAUUAUUUUCUAUUGUUGGCUUUUUGGUUAUUUUUUGUCACUACUAGUUAUUGCAGUUGUGAUACAGUAUAUAUACAAAAGUAUGUGGACAGCCCUUCAGAUUAGUGGAUUCGGCUAUUUCAGCCACACCCGUUGCUGACAGAUGUAUAAAAUCAAGCACACAGCCGUGCAAUCUCCAUAGACAAACACUGGCAGUAGAAUGGCCUUACUGAAAAGCUCAGUGACUUUCAACGUGGCACCGUCAUAGUCAGUUCGUAAAAUUUCUGCCCUGCUACCCUGGUCAACUGUAAGUGCGGCUAUUGUGAAGUGGAAACGUCUAGGAGGAACAACGGUUCAGCCGCGAAGUGGUAGGCCAUACAAGCUCACAGAACGGGACCGCUUAGUGCUGAAGUUCGUAGCGUGUAAAAAUCUGUCUCGGUUGCAACACUCACUACCGAGUUCCAAACUGCCUCUGGAAGCAACGUCAGCACAAUAACUGUUCGUCUGGAGCUUCAUGAAAUGGGUUUCCAUGGCCGAGUAACCGCACACAAGCCUAAGAUCACCAUGCGCAAUGCCAAGCAUUGGCUGGAUUGGUGUAAAGCUCGCCACCAUUGGACUCUGGAGCAGUGGAAACACGUUCUCUGGAGUGACGCCACCUGCCCCAAUGCAUAGUGCCAACUGUAAAGUUUGGUGGAUGAGGAAUAAUGGUCUGAGGCUGUUUUUCAUAGUUCGCGCUAGGCCCCUUAGUUCCAGUGAAGGGAAAUCUUAAUGCUACAGCAUACAAUGACAUUGUAGACGAUUCUGUGCUUUCAACUUUGUGGCAACAGUUUGGAGAAGGCCCUUUCCUGUUCCCUCAUGACAAUGCCCCCUUGCACAAAGCGAGGUCCAUACAGAAAUGGUUUGUCGAGAUCGGUGUGGAAGAACUUGACUGGCCUGCACAGAGCCCUGACCUCAACCCCAUCGAACACCUUUGGGAUGAAUUGGAACGCCGACUGUAAGCCAGGCCUAAUUGCCCAAAAUCAGUGCCCGACCUCACUAAUGCUGUUGUGGCUGAAUGGAAGCAUGCCCCUGCAGCAAUGUUCCAACAUCUAGUGGAAAGCCUUCCCAGAAGAGUGGAGGCUGUUAUAGAAGCAAAGGGGGGACCAACUCCAUAUUAAUGCCCAUGAUUUUGGAAUGAGAUGUUCGACGAGCAAUGUAGUGUAUAUUUAUAUACAGUUGAAGUCGGAAGUUUACAUACACUUAGGUUGGAGUCUUUAAAAUUUGUUUUUCAACCACUCCACAAAUGUUUUGUUAACAAACUAUAGUUUUGGCAAGUCGGUUAGGACAUUGGAAUGCUGCCUAUGACCCCAAGACAAUUUUUCCAACAAUUGUUUACAGACAGAUUAUUUCACUUAUAAUUCACUGUAUCACAAUUCCAGUGGGUCAGAAGUUUACAUACACUAAGUUGACUGUGCCUUUAAACAGCUUGGAAAAUUCCAGAAAAUGAUGUCAUGGCUUUAGAAGCUUCUGAUAGGCUAAUUGACAUAAUUUGAGUCAAUUGGAGGUGUACCUGUGGAUGUAUUUCAAGACCUUCCUUCAAACUCAGUGCCUCUUUGCUUGACAUCAUGGGAAAAUCAAAAGAAAUCAGCCAAGACCUCAGAAAAAAAUUUGUAGACCUCCACAAGUCUGGUUCAUUCUUGGGAGCAAUUUCCAAACGCCUGAAGGUACCAUGUUCAUCUGUACAAACAAUAGUACGCAAGUAUAAACACCAUGGGACCACACAGCCGUCAUACUGCUCAGGAAGGAGACGCGUUCUGUCUCCUAGAGAUGAACGUACUUUGGUGCGAAAAGUGCAAAUCAAUCCCAGAACAACAGCAAAGGACCUUGUGAAGAUGCUGGAGGAAACAGGUACAAAAGUAUCUAUAUCCACAGUAAAACGAGUCCUAUAUCGACAUAACCUGAAAGGCCGCUCAGCAAGGAAGAAGCCACUGCUCCAAAACCGCCAUAUAAAAGCCAGACUACGGUUUGCAACUGCACAUGGGGACAAAGAUCGUACUUUUUGGAGAAAUGUCCUCUGGUCUGAUGAAACAAAAAUAGAACUGUUUAGCCAUAAUGAUCAUCGUUAUGUUUGGAGGAAAAAGAGGAUGGCUUGCAAGCCGAAGAACACCAUCCCAACCGUGAAGCACGGGGAUGGCAGCAUCAUGCUGUGGGGGUGCUUUGCUGCAGGAGGGUCUGGUGCACUUCACAAAAUAGAUGGCAUCAUGAGGAAGGAAAAUUAUGUGGAUAUAUUGAAGCAACAUCUCAAGGCAUCAGUCAGGAAGAUAAAGCUUGGUCGCAAAUGGGUCUUCCAAAUGGACAAUGACCCCAAGCAUAUUUCCAACAUUUGUGGCAAAAUGGCUUAAGGACAACAAAGUCAAGGUAUUGGAGUGGCCAUCACAAAGCCCUGACCUCAAUCCUAUAGAAAAUGUGUGGGCAGAACUGAAAAAGCAUGUGCGAGCAAGGAGGCCUACAAACCUGACUCAGUUCCACCAGCUCUGUCAGGAGGAAUGGACCAAAAUUCACCCAACUUAUUGUGCGAAGCUUGUGGAAGGCUACCCGAAAUGUUUGACCCAAGUUAAACAAUUUAAAGGCAAUGCUACCAAAUACUAAUUGAGUGUAUGUAAACUUCUGACCCACUGGGAAUGUGAUGAAAGAAAUAAAAGCUGAAAUAAAUAAUUAUCUCGACUAUUAUUCUAUAAUUAUUAUAUUAUUAUAUUAUAUUAUUAUAUUAUUAUUAUUAUGUAUAAUUAUUAUUAUAUUAUUAUUAUUAUAUUAUUAUUAUUAUAUUAUUAUUAUUAUUAUUAUUAUAUUAUUAUUCUGACAUUUCACAUUCUUAAAAUGAUGGUGAUCCUAACUGACCUAAGACAGGGAAUUUUACUAGGAUUAAAUGUCAGGAAUUGUGAGAAACUGAGCUUAAAUGUAUUUGGCUAAGGUGUAUGUAAACUUACGACUUCAACUGUAUGAUUUCAUAGGGAAUGGUGGGGAAGACUGGGGCACCAGGGAUUCAAGGUCCAGUUGGGAAGAGUGUGAGUAUUGUACUGUUCUUGGCUAUACACACUAAUUUACAACAGGCGAUGAUAAAAUGAUCAUACUGACUAAGCAUGGUGAUAUUAUUUGUCAACAGGGGGAUUCUGGUGGUAGAGGAAUCACUGGAAAGUCAGGAAAGCCAGGAGUCAGGGUAAGUCCACGUUACGCCAUAAACACUCUCUGACUCUUUUACUUAGCUAUGUCAGACAAAGCAGUUGUGUUUGUCAGUGUAUCAGCGGAAUUUCGUUUGUCAGUUUGUUUUACCAUCCUUUACAUAGGGUGCCAAAGGUAAAGAGGGUUCGAACGGCCUUCCGGGAAAUCCUGGCCUGAAGGUACUGAAAUGGACUUCCUAAAAUACAGAACAUCAACAAUUAUUUCCCAUGAAGAAAUAAAGGAGUUAUAAACGGUUUAGUAAUACUGUAUUGUAAUAUGGACAUAGCUUACUGAUAUGUUGAUUUCUGAAGGGAAACAGAGGUCAAGAAGGUUCGAAGGGGAAAUGCGGAAGUCCAGUAAGUGUCAAAUGAGUUCUAUUCUCAGAGCUUUGUAAAGUGUGUCUGGCUGAAUCUACAUGGAGACUCAUGGACAUCUUCUCCCAUUGUGUUUCAGGGCGUGCAGGGAUUGACAGGGAUACAGGGAUACAGAGGAACUCCUGUAAGACUACGCCACAUUUUAGUCAUUGUAAAAGGGGCCAUUUAAAAAUAUAUAUACCAAUAAUCGUGAAUAUAUACUACACCACCUAAAGUCACCAAACACCCUGGUUUUAGCACUAGACUAGAGUAUGUCGUGUUAAGUACUUUUGAUGUUCUUUAUGGUGUGUACUGAUCUUAUUUCUACAGGGCAUAGCAGGCAAUAUAGGACCAUGGGGUGAGGUGGGCCUCCAAGGGCCACCAGGGGACAAGGGGCCCCCAGGAUCAGUUGGGCCCCGUGGAGUUGUAGGUUACCCAGUAAGUUACCUUGACGAUUUUAUUGAUUGCUGUAUUCUCAACGAUUGUGGGGCGGUCUACAUUUUCUUUCAUUUUGAUGUCUUCACAUUGUGAAUGUCCUUAAAUUCUAGGGUAAAGAUGGACCACCAGGAGGCAUUGGGCCAGUGGCAGACAAAGGGGAUAAGGUACAACUAUACUCUAUACUACUGUGAAUUCUGUCAUUAUCCAUGUCAAUGGGGCAUCAGCUGUAUCCAGUCUCUUUUUAUAAUCCUCUGAAAUAUCCUGUUUGUGCAGGGGUCCAGAGGAGCUAUCGGACAGAAGGGAGUUGCUGGUGUCGAUGGUGAGGAGGUAGAUUGAUUAUACUGUAUUGAUUAUUUAGUCAUUCUAUUUAUUCUAAAUCUAGAUAGAUUUGGUUUCCAAAAUACAGGCAUAACAUUUUUUACUAAAGAGUCUGAUGUAAGUCCAUUGAUUCUCAAUGGGUAAAGACAAUGAUUGCAUAAGAAGGGACAAGUGUUGCUGUGCUUUAGGGGCCAACUGGAUUGCGGGGGCCAAUGGGGCCACCAGGACUGAAGGGGCUAUCGGUGAGUAUCUCAGGAUUUAUUAAUCAUGGUUGACAAUAACUGUGAUAUUCAACCGACAAAAGGAUCAAUAUGACAUUUUAAUAUGUUAGGGUGAAAAGGGGAAGAUGGGCGCUCGUGGGGAAAGAGGUGGAAAAGGGGUCCAGGGAGACAGAGGCAACCAAGGUCAACAAGGACCAAAGGGCCCUCUGGGGAAAGAAGUAGGUGGUGUGUUUAUUCUAGAAAUGUGAUUGUGAUGGCUCAGAAUCAGUGUUCCUGUGAGUUUACAGUAUAUCUAUGAAAAGGAGAUAAUACUGGUGUCCUCUGAUUCACAGGGAUACUUAGGGCCCUCAGGGGACAGAGGGAAAGAAGGAGCUUCAGGACUAAAGGUGAGUCACAAACCAUCAAACAAGGGAUGGCUUUUCAACCCCACAUAAAUCCAUGAAUUUCAUUGAAAUUAGAUGAGAUUCCUGUAUCUCCUGAUGUGGAUGUGUGUUGACAGGGCCAGCCGGGCAUUAGAGGCCCAUCAGGCCUCGCUGGACGCUACGGACCAGGGGGCAACACUGGAGGAGGCGGGGCCAAGGGAGAGAAAGGGCUCCCCGGAACCACAGUAAGUAGACUAAGGCUGUUAUGGUACCACUAUUUGUAAAUAUACAGUAUGAAGCUGAAAUGUUGCUGAGAGAGCUGUUCUGGGUUGUGAAGGAGUGUCUGACUAGUGUUUUCUCUCUGAUGUAAUAGGGGCCUCCUGGAAGGUUUGGGCCUACAGGCUUAGUAGGACCAAAAGGACCAACAGUAAGGAUUGAUUUCAUGGCACACUAUUUAGAGUUAAUUUAACCUGAGAAUACAUAAUAGGACACUUAAUGUCCUGUCAUUGCAGGGUUUACCAGGAAAAAGAGGAGUCGAUGGAAAAAGUGGACUUCGUGGACUUAAGGUGUAAUGCACCAUUCAAUCUGUUACAUUUACAUUACCAUUUUAGUCAUUUAGCAGAUGCUCUUAUCCAGAUACCUUAAGGAUGUUGAGUAAUUUACAUUGUUUAACCAGUUUAUAUGGAUUUGAGGUACCAUGAUGCAAUUUUAAUGCAAUUUGUGUUUGAUCCCAGGGAGAUUAUGGGGAGAGGGGAAAGACUGGGACUGGUGGUGUCAAAGGAGAUGUGGUAUGUUUUGCUCUGCAACUUUUAAAUAAAUAAAAAUUAAACGUUUUUCUCAUCGUUUUAGCCUCCACAUCUACUCUCCUUCCUAUAUGUUUUUCUCAGGGAUUGCAAGGUCCACGGGGGAAGAAAGGAGAGUCUGGAACAAGAGGCAAAAUGGUGGGAUAUUUCAUUUUGAUUUAAAAUACAGUUUUACUAGCUGUUGUUUGAUUAAAGUUUGAAUAUGUUUUAUGGAUGUUUGUACACAGGGGACAUUGGGAAAGAGGGGGUUCACCGGUUCUCCAGGAGGUAAAGGCAGACCUGGGCCUGCUGGUGCCCCUGGAGAGAAAGGUAGUAAAGGAAUAGAAGGGCCAAAGGUGAGAGGUCAUGUCAUGCAGUACACAAUCCCUCUUGAAAUAUCACACUCUAUAAAGUGGUUGUGUCUGACCUGAUUUUCUCAUUUAUCUUUGCUGAAGGGAUUGCAUGGCAGCCCAGGAAAGAGGGGAAGCAGGGGAGCUAGAGGCAAACCAGUGAGUUUAAUCAGUUCUUUCUUUCAAUGCUUGCUCUACACUCUACCAAACCCUUUCGCCACAAUCAGGGUUGGGUAGGUUACUUUCUAAAUGUAAUCUGUUCCAGUUACUAGUUACCUGUCCAGAAUUGUAAUCAGUAAUGGCGUUUGGAUUACCCAAACUCAGUAACGUAAUCAUAUUACUUUUAGUUACUUUUGGAUUACUUUCCCCUUAAAAGGAAUUAGAAGAAGACAAAAGGGAUCCAUCAAACACAUUUGGUGUUUCAUCAUAGUAGUCUAUGACUUAUGGUCAGACUUGCUCAGUUGGAACAAACUUAAACUUGCCCCUUUUUUCAAUGCUGAAUUGAAUGUCCUUGAGAAAACUGAAAGGUGUCAUAAUGUAUAUUUUUCUCGCAAACAUCCUUUGUGAAUUUAAAAGUAAUCCAAUAAUUUAUAAUUUAGUUUUUGUAUCUGUAAUCUGAUUACAUUAUUUUAGCUGGUAACGUAACUGAUUACAGCUACAGUUUUUUGCAAUCAGAUUACAUGUCACUGAUUACAUGUAAUCCGUUACUCCCCAACCCUGCCCACAAUGAUUUCCCCCACAAUGUACUGAAGCAAAGAGUCAAUAGUUCAAUUUGAACUUUUCUUCUGUGCCACAUUUUCCUCCUCUUGCUUAUAGGGAGAAGAAGGCCCAUUGGGACCAGAUGGAUCAGUUGGAAGACCUGGAAAGCCAGCAAGUAUCCCUAUAGGGCAUACUGACUGUGACACCCAUUCACAGCUGCAUGAUCCUAUCACAGAAAAUACAAUAUACCGUGUUAUAAUGAUGUUGAUCCAAUUGAUGUGUUUGUUACAUUGUCUUUUCUAUCUCUUGUUUCGGUUGUCAUCUCAGGGACUUGCUGGUUUGGAUGGAUUGCUGGGGGUUGAAGGAAAUGAAGGAGAUAAUGUAAGCAUUGUCUGGUGCCCAAGCAUAAUCUUUAUGUAUAUAUUUGUCAAGCAGUAGCCCCAGGACAUAUUGUCUAAUAGAUCUUCCUUUAAUUCUAUUCAUCUCCAGGGUGAUAUUGGUUACAGAGGAGCCCCUGGGAGGCCUGGUCUACCAGGGAAGAUGGUGAGUGAAAUACAGACCUAAGCAUAGUGUUUUUAAGGCAGGAUAAGUACACAGGAUUUAGGAACUUGAUGCAUCCUUACUCUAAUGAUUAAUGUUACAGGGUCAAAGUGGACAACCUGGAUUGAGUGGUGGUCACGGAGCACCAGGGUCUAAGGUACGACCUGUGUUUGACUAAUUGAGAUAUCCAACAGUGCAUUUACAUAGAAAUACAACAAGAGCUAUUUGGCCAAAAAUCUUUAUUUUGCCAUGAUUUACAUUCAGAACCUUCCACCAAUGUUUUGUCAAGGGUAAUCUUGGAUCAAAAGGAAAGCGAGGACCUGCAGGGCCAAUGGGGCCAAGGGUAAACCAAUACAUGUGAAACCUUUACGUUCAUGGUUGUAAAUCCCUGUCUAUAUUCUCGGGCGUUUUUCUUAUGCUUGAUAACUAAGCACUCUGAUAUUGUUCUUCUGCAUAGGGUAUUCCAGGGUUUGGAGGAGCAAAGGGGAAGUUUGGCCAGCAUGGAUCAAAGGUGCUGUAUAUGUCUCAACACUCAAUAACACCUACAGUAUGUUAUAGAGUAAAACAACAGUAUUAGUUUUCUAUGGUGUCACAUCAUUGCUCCUUUAUAUCUGUUCUCUCUCAGGGUCAGGCUGGCGGCAGAGGCCUACAGGGACAUAUUGGACCACGAGGAAUUAAAGUAGGUCAUUUGGAAUGAAUUUGGAAAUCAAUCAACCACACCUCACAUUUAGAGAGCAGAUGACUCUUGUCUUUUUUCUUUUAGGGGAAUACAGGACUGCCAGGGAAUAAAGGGCGGUUAGGUCCAAAAGGCAUACAGGUUAGCUGGUGAUAUUUAUUUUCCAUAUUAAUUGUUUUAAAGGAAUCAUAUCCUGAUACAUGUUGCACAACAGUAUCAGCACAAUAUUUAUUAUUAGUUUAUGUCAAUGUUUUGCUAAUUUAUAGGGAGACAUUGGUCCUCGUGGUCCACCUGGGAAAAAGGGCUUCCCUGGUCUACCUGUAUGUAUUUUGUCCAUAUUUCACAAACCUUCUUAGAGUCUCUUCCAGUAUAGGUUUGCUAAAAUUAUGACAUUUUGAAGUCUUGUUUGGUCAAUUUAGUUUGUUUUAUUUUGCAGGGUCUCUUUGGAAAGAGGGUAAGUAACCAUUUAGCAUUCUAAUGUCUAUUGUUGGGUAUAUUUCCAUGGUUUCCAUCUAAAUCUAUCAUGCUCUUCGCAGGGAAUGAAGGGGAUACAAGGAAUGCCUGGAGCUAAGGGACUGAGAGGUCCACGUGGACUACCAGUACGUAGGAUUAUUGUGCCUUAUGAUCCAAAUUAGUAACAGUAACUGAAUCUUCCAGAAUGCAGAGUACAGAACAUAAUGGAUCACAUGUAAAUACAAGCCCCCAUUUAUGUCACAGGGAAAACCAGGUCCUCCUGGCCGUCCAAGAAACAGGCGACCUGGAGCCCUUGGAAAAAGAAGAGGAUCCAAAAAGGUUGGUACCCGAUUUAUUGUAAUCUAUACCUCUUUAUUAUACUGUAAGACUGAGGAAUCAUACUCCACAGUCCACACUAAAUAUUUCCUCAAAACAACUGCAUAACCUGCACUCCUGCACAUAACUUGUUCUGGGAUUCAUCCGAUGGCAUUAAGGAGUUUACCACAUCAGUCACUGGCUUCAUUAAUAAGUGCAUCGACGACGUCAUCCCCACAGUGACCGUAUGUACAUAUUCCAACCAUGGGAUUACGGGCAACAUCCGCACUGAGCUAAAGCUGCCGCUUUCAUGGAGCGGGACACUAAUCCGGAUGCUUAUAAAAAAUCCCGCUACGCCCUCCAACAAACCAUCAAACAGGCAAAGUGUCAAUACAGGACUAAGAUCGACUGUGUGAUCACACUCUCCAUAGCUGAUGUGUGUAAAACCUUUAAAUACGUUAACAUUCACAAGGCCGCAGGCACAGACAGAUUACCAGGACGCGUACUUAGAGCAUGCGCUGACCAGCUGGCAAGUGUCUUCACUGACAUUUUCAACCUCUCCCUGACCCAGUCUUUAAUGCUUACAUGUUUCAAGCAGACCACCAUAGUCCCUGUGCCCAAGAACGCCAAGGUAACCUGCCAAAAUGUCUAUCGCCCUGUAGCACUCACAUCUGUAGCCAUGAAAUACUUUGAAAGGCUGGUCAUGGCUCACAUCAACACCAUCAUCCCAGACACCCUGGACCCACUCCAAUUCACAUACCGCCCCAACAGCUCCACAGAUUACUCAAUCUCUGUUGCACUCCACACUGCCCUUUCCCACCUGGACAAAAGGAACACCUAUGUGAGAAUGCUGUUCAUUGACUACAGCUCAGCGUUCAAUACCAUAGUGCCCUCCAAGCUCAUCACUAAGCUAAGGACCCUGGGACUGAACACCUCCCUCUGCAACUUGAUUCUGGACUUCCUGACGGGCUGCCCCCAGGUGGUAAGGGUAGGCAACAACACAUCCAUCACGCUGACCCUCAACACGUGUGCGUGCUUGCUUAGUCCCCUCCUGUACUCCCUGUUCACUCACGACUGCGUGGCCGUGCACGACUCCAACACCAUCAUUAAGUUUGCAGACGACAAGACGGUGGUAGGCAUGAUCAUCAACAAUGAUGAGACAGCCUAUAGGGAGGACGUCAGAGACCUGGCAGUGUGGUGCCAGAAGAACAACCUUUCCCUCAACAUCAGCAAGACAAAGGAGCUGAUCGUGGACUACAAGAAACAGAGGGCAGAGCACGCCCCCAUUCACAUCGAAGGGGAUGUAGUGGUUUGGGUCGAGAGCUUCAAGUUCCUCGGUGUCCGCAUCACUAAGGAUCUAUCAUGGUCCACACAUACCAACACAGAGGCUGAAAAUAUUUGGCAUGGGCCCUCAGAUCCUGAAAAGGUUUUACAGCUGCACCAUUGAGAGCAUCUUGACUGGCUGCAUCAUCGCUUUGUAUUGCAACUGCUUGGCAUCUGACCGCAAGGCGCUACAGAGGCUAGUGCAUACGGCCCAGUACAUCACUGGGGCCGACCUCCCGGCCAUCCAUGACCUCUAUACCAGGCGGUGUCAGAGGAAGGCCCUAAAAAUUGUCAAAGACCCAAGUCAUAGACUGUUUUCUAUGCUACUGCAUGGCAAGCGGUACCAAUUCACCAAGUCUGGAACCAACAGGUCCCUGAACAGCUUCUACCCCCAAACCAUAAGACUGCUAAAUAGUUAAUUAAAUAGUUAACCAAAUAGCUACCUGGACUAUCUGCAUUUACCCUUUUUGCACUAACUUUUUUUACUCAUCACAUAUGCUGCUGCCACUGUUUUAUUAUCUGUCACUUUAUUCCUAGUUAUUACAUUUACAUUUAUGUCAUUUAGCAGACGCUCUUAUCCAGAGCGACUUACAUUAUCAUUUUUUUCAUACCCCCUGUGGGAAUCGAACCCACAACCCUGGCAUUGCAAACACCAUGCUCUCUAUCAACUGAGCUACAUCCCUGCCGGCCAUUCCCUCCCCUACCCUGGACGACGCUGGGCCAAUUGCCAAUAUGUACAUAUCUACCUCAAUUACCUCGUACCCCUGUACAUCGACUCGGUACUGGUACCCUGUGUAUAUAGCCAAGUUAUCAUUACUAAUUUUGUGUUUAUUAUUACUUUUAUUAUUACGUAUUUUACUUUUCUAUUAUUUCUCUAUUUUCUUUCUCUUUGCAUUGUUGGGAAGGGCGCGUAAGUAAGUAUUUCACUGUUAGUCUACACCUGUUGUUUACGAAGCAUGUGACAAAGAUUUUUUUUUGGGAUGAUGUAUCAGUAUUUAUUUGUAAAACCUCCUAAUGUGAGUCUGUCUGUGGAUGGCCCUGUUUUCCCAGCAAACUCGGGCCAUGACCAGGAGAACGCUUGCCUCACUGCCUGACCAGAACUCAAGCAGCUCCAUCAGCUGGCCUCAGGGCACCAAAAACAGCCCUGCAACCACUUGCCACGAGCUGGGGCUUAUUCGCCCAAACCUCCAGGAUGGUGAGUGGAGCUCAGCAGGUAGAAGUUAGACUGGCCACUGAGCUGUUGUAUGCAACAGAGCAAGUGAAGCCAACCUCUCGUAAUUUUUACAGCUAGAGUCAUUUGUCCAAUAAUGUGUUCGUUAGUUUUACAAAGGUGUGAUCUUUCCAGGACACUUCUACAUGGACCCUAACCAGGGCUGCCCAUUUGAUGCCCUGCAAGUGUUCUGUAACUUCACUGCAGGAGGGAUGACCUGUAUACCUCCUGUCCAGUCACAGGUAAGUAGCUGGUCCUGACAUCAGUCAAGAUAGAGUGGGGCAAGUGGUUGCACAGAAUAUUUGAGAAUUAAUGAUUUAUCUACAACUUUGCCUCUCUCUUGAGCAGAAUAUUGAGGAAGGUUAUCUAGUGAGCAUCAAUUAUGGGUAACAUAAUUUCUCACAUACAUCACUUACACUUAUUGUUUUCAUUUUGAAAAGGCAUGUUGUGAUUUAUCUUCCUAUAGAUAAUAGGAAAAUGGGAACCAGAAAAAAAGAAGUCCAAAAAGUCUAUCAAGUGGUUUAGCCAGCAUGAUGGUGGCUAUAGGGUAAGACAUUCAGCAUGUUACAUUUAGAAUCCAUCUACAACUGCAUUACCGUAGCUGAUCCAAAUGAUUUAUGUCUCUCCUACUGUAGUCUGAGUAUGCUGGUCUUGAUGUGGUCCAGCUCCGGUUUCUACGGUUACACAGCCACUCUGCCUCUCAGCGCCUGACCAUCGCCUGCCCAUUUAACCACACUAGCAGAGAAAUCAGGAAAAAGACAACAAACAGGGUUCUUCACUUUCUGGGAGACUCCGGUGGGGAGAUUGGUUCAAGCUAUAUGACAGUAUGGAGGAAUGGUUGUGAAGUAAGACCCAAAGAACAAUGUAAACCUUUAUACACAUGUAGUACAUUUGCUGCUUUAUGUCACCUACAACUCAUGCUACACAACCAUUGUAAUUCAUUGCCUGGCCACUUGAUGUCAGUCAAGACCUAUAAAAAGACUACAUGUCUACUGUACAAUGUGAGACCAAUGUUGUGUACUGUAAUGAGAGCCGGGUAUUUUCAGCUUGUUCUCCCAUGUCUGUCACUCAGGUGGAGGUGGAGGUUCGAGUAAGAGGGAGCACAGAGAUCCACAGAGGGGACAUGGAGCUACUACCCCUCAGGGAUGUUAGUGUGGAGGGAAGUGGAGACCACUGGGACACAGACUUCAGAGCUGUCCUGGGACCUUUGUGCUUUUUGUAGCCUCAGCUUAUCCAAAGAGAAGCAGCUGUUUCUCCCAGAGCCGUCAAGCUCUGCCCAAUGUAUGGGUCAAGAACAUUUGGGUGCAAUUCCUCUUCAGGACAAAAGAAAGAGAUAUCAUCAUGUUGUGUGAUCUCUGUAGCAUUUGUCUAAUUGUGAUAACAACUAGAGCUUUAUAAUAAAAUAUGUAUUUUGGAGUUAUUUGUUAAUCUUGUUAUAAUAUGUGUCUUUUAUAAAGAAAAAUAUAUAGCUGUUGUGUUCUUUGUAUCUCCGGCAUGUCGAUUUUUUUAAAUGAUUAAUUUUUCUUACUGAUGUACUGUGU